GCGGGUAACUCAGUCGGAGUGAGAAAUAAUACGAGGAGAUAUUGGGACAUCGAAGUUGAAAGUAACAACAGAGAUCAGUAAGUAGGUGUUUUGAAGGCCAUAAUAAAGCCUGACCACCUAUCUACGUGUCAUAGCCAGAGAAACUGCUAUGUUUAUAUUAGGGUUAAUCCAGCCUCUAGUGGCUGUCUCAUUGAAAAUCACAGUGAGAAGACGCCAGCGUCCAUAGGAAAGCAUUGUGAAUGCUUUCCUAUGGACUGGCUGAAUGCGCGCCCGGCUCCUGCCGCGCAUGCGCAUUCAGCCGAAGAGGAGGAGAGUUCCCCGCCCGGCGCUGGAGAAAGAGGUAAGUUUAACCCCUUUCUCCCCCCAGAGCCCGGCGGGAGGGGGACCCUGAGGGUGGGGGCAUGCUCAGGGCACUAUAGUGCCAGGAAAACGAGUAUGUUUUCCUGGCACUAUAGUGGUCCUUUAAGAACCUGAGGACUCAUAAGUGAUAUCCUUGGUGGGGAUUAUUAUACCUACGCUUCCUAUACUGAGCAAUAUUCCCUUUGCUCCCCGCUUGUGAGUAUUCCUCCACUUUUUAUCCUAGUUUUAUUCCAAACUAUACAGAGAGCACUAUAUUGUGUUUUUAUUUAUCAUCCUAUACACUGAGGAUACUGGUUUGUGGCACUGACACCAAAACACCCUGACCCCAAAGAUGCCACUGAGAGUACACCAGGACCAUCAUCAUAUCCUUAGACGGGGAUUGUACCAUCCAGGCGCAUAUAUCUGGAGCUGAAUAUAAGCUCCAGAAGAUUGUAAGUGCAAUAUUUGUCUUUAUUUAUUACUAUCAAGCAAUUCAACAUACUACACUAUUUCCGUGUCUUCUCUUCUCUCCCCUAUAUUUCACCGAGCCUGAGAAGACUACUAUAGGCACUGCUUCCUGACACUACCUUCUAUACCUACCAUUCUGCCAGAAAAGAAGAGACUCUGGUUCUAGGGAAGUUCUAGCAUCCAUAUUACAAGCACUGAUACAUUCCAUCUCCCACUUACUACCUAUUUUCAUGUAAACACUGCCUUUUCCGAGAAAAGACAGUGUUUACAUUGCUCCCUAGGGACACCUCCAGUGGUAGUCAUUAAGAUGGCCACUACAGGUGUUUCCUGGGUGCAGUACUGACGUUCAGUGUCUCCACGCUCUGCAGGGAGGUGCUUAACUUUCCCCAUUGAGUCAAUGCAUCUCAGAAUUAAUAUUCCCCAAUCUGUGAUUUUUCCCAAAGUUUACAAUUACUCAUCUCACCUAAUGAAACUUUAAUUUGACGUCACUAGACAACUGAUUUAAAAUCAAAGGAAUUUAUACAUAAAUAAAUCUGGUAUUCUUUACAUUAUUCUAUAAGGCAGUCAAAUCCAGCGUUUCUUUAUAGAUGAGUGAGUAAUGUUCUUGGUGUUAAUGCAAAAAUGAAUUUCUUGAACCACUUAAAAAUCGUGUUUGGCUCAUGUCAAAUUUCCCACAUUAGAGUAUAAUGAAUAUAUAGGUUAAAACCCUUGUAUAUAACUUUAACACAUGUCUACAGUGCUAAGGCUGCAGGGACAUGCUAUAGACACCAGAACCACUACAUUAAGCUGUCCCUUUAAAUAUUGAUCACUUUAUAUAUAACAUACAUGCUUUCCAUUAGCAUUCUGCGCUUUUUAGUAUGUAUCUUUGGAAGAGGUAUAUCAGCAUUUUAUCUUUUAUUUAGAUAAAACUAUUAAAAAUAAUUUUCCUGAUCUAAGAAGUGUCUGGAGACAGUGUCCAGAUAUAUUUAUCCUGGCUUCAUUUGUCUAAACGCAUAGCCAUUAUAAAUUCAGCCUGUUCCAGAAUGCACCAAAAUGAAAGACUGUUGGCAAGUGUGUGGCUAUCCCUGAUUUACUGAAAGAUAAGGAUGAGUGCAAUAGAGAGCCAUGUUGUUUCCUUUAUAACUAAAAUAUUGUGUGACAUUGAUAACUAUAGAAUGAAAAUGUCAGAAUCUUGGCUAUAACCACUGCAAACCACACAAAAAAAAAUUGUUCUGGUACCUUUUAAAGUACUGAUCCUUUCAUCUUUUGUUGUUGUAAUGUCAAACUAUUUUCAAUAUUCAAAACCAGUUCCAAGACUGAAAUUAGUAACACUGCAGAACCCAAGUGGUAACACAAAUACUAAAUAUAUUGCAGUUCUUUGUAAGAAUUAUUCAUACCAGUGAAAGACAUGUUCCCCAUCACCUCUUCCCUUUUGAUUCAUCCUUCAUCUUGAAUUUGACAUUCUAUACUGCACCACUCCGAAGUUCUAUAAAGCUUGUGCCACUGGAGUGUGGCACAUUGGAAACCUAUUCUUUGGAUUGAUGAAAAAUGCUCCACUUUCUGGCAUUUUUCAUCAACUGUCUUUUGAUGGAAAUAUCUGGUUGUUGAAUGGAAAUAUCUGGAUGUUGAAGAUGCCAGUAGAAUGCUACCUACAUGGAAUGCAUAUUGUAAAGUUUGGUGGAAGAGGGAUAAUGGUCUGGGACUGUUUUUAGGGUUUCUGCUAAGUCUGUUCCAAUGAAUUACUUAUUUAAUAACUUAUGUUAUUAUUUGGCAUUUGAUGCCAGCACACGCAGCAUGGUGAUGCCAGACAGCCUAUAACAACAUGGCACCCCCUCUGUUCCGGCCAUGUCCUUUCAUCAGCCUUUUUGACAUCCCUCCCACUUAAGUGAGUAGGAGUGACAUCAGAGGAGGAGGAUUGGACAGCAGUAAGAACUUGGCGUUGGCGUUGGAAUGGAUGUGCGUUUUAGUUUCCUUUUGUUUGGUUGGGGACGGCAGUAUAAGAAGGGUUACUCUGACAAAAUGUAUAUUUACUGGACAAUCAUUGGCUGCAUCACUAUAGGAUUAGCUCCACCCACUUGGCUGUUUAGGUUGGGAAAUUAAAGCUAUAAAUAUUCCACCUACCAAUUUCCCAGUCUUUUUCCAGUCUGACUGGUUGUGGACAGAUUCUCCUUUCUCAAGGUUUACUGCUUUAUUCAAUCCUCACCAGGAUACUUUUUGAAAAGGACCAUCCAGGAGAGUUCAGCCUUUCUCUUCCUGGAGACCCAGUACACGCAGACCCGUUAAAAGUUAAGGGACUUGUUGGAUGUACCCCUUUUAGUGACUGGGGUUCUGACUUGAGCUCUCUCUUGCAACAGAUGACAAUACAUGGGUUGCAAGGAGCCCUUUACUCAGCAAUACUGUCCGAUAAAAGUGUUGAAAAUGUAAAAUUUGGAUUGUGAUUGCUUCGAUAACUAUCAAGCGAUAAAUUUGGAACAUCGGAAAGUGUUAAUUAUCAAUUAUUGCUGCUGGAUUGUAAUUGUACAUUACCAGAGAUACUGCAAUUUUAGAAAAGUGUCUGUUAAAGAAAAUGUUUAUAUAUAUCUGGUUUUGAUUAAACUAGAGUAUUGUGUGUUCUGAUAUUUUAACAUGCAAGACGGUAACUCUUAAACGAACAUAUCUUCAGAAUCAUGUUGUCAGGCUCCCUCCUCACGCACCUGCCGCCUCCUCCCAAGCGGUGGCUUCUUCUGGCCAUUCGGGGGGUUUCAUCUGACACCUCUCCGUGAGCGGCGGCUGUUGGUAACCGCACGCGGCAACUUUACUUUGCCAUCCACCACGAGCAUUGGUUUCUGAUACUUACCCACCACUUGCGACUGUUCCCAGAUCCUCCGGCAACGUGCAGUGUGCUUAGAUAGGCGCCCGAGUCGCAAAUAUGAUGUCAUAGGUCAAAGUGGAAGGCCCAAAUACCUUCCACGUGUCAUAAUUCCAAUAGUGAGUUAACCAAUCAGAAGCCUCCUAAGCAUAUUUAAACCUACCUCUUCCAUGUCUUGUUGCCCUUUUGAUAGCCCAAUAGCGCAUAUACUCUGUCCGUUUGCCUGAUUACUACAUUUUUGUCUUGUCUCACCGUUUAUCCUGCUUUCUCUGACCUCAGUUUGUCAAUUAUUCUAUCUUUCUGGUUCCCUCUAACUUUGGCUUGUAUUCUGACUUCUAUCUGUGUGCACAGCCCGGCCACUCUAAAGACCGGUACAGCACUUCCUGUGUCUGUGUUCGGUCAGCGUGUCUGGUUCCAGAGUUUGUGACAGAUGUACAAUAAAUACAUGCUGACACCUCUUAAAGCGGCACUGUCAUGCCGAACUUACCUUUCCUCAAUCUCUUCCUCUUCUCCCCCUCUCUCAGGAUCUGUUCUUCUUUUCUUCCUAUCUUCUUUAGUUUUCUUUAAAAUCAUAAGACAAAGUAGGGACUCUUUGCCUUAUGGAGGAUUCCUCCGCUUGACCAGCUCUGACCAGCGGAGGAGCAAAGUGUGCUUCAGUUCCGCUGGUCAGAGCAGUUUUCCCAUGAUCCUUACCUUUCCUCUGUGUUCCCGCGAUGCUUCCUGUCACUUUACACAAAACAGCCGAAUUGCGUUCUAACUGAAUGAGAACAGUAUGUUCGUUUGUUUUAGAACGCAAUUCGGCACUUUAUUCGGAUCGGAAUUUCAUUCGAAUGAAUGAAACUCCGAUCCUAUUGAUUGCUGUGGCUGCAUCUUGCAGCCGCUUAGUAGAUAACUCCCUAAUUCCCACGGUAUUAGGGAGUUAUCUACUAAAAGGCUGAAAGACCUAAAUUUGUCUUUCAGCCACAUUUACUAAUACUAAGUAAAGAUUACUGUGGCUGCUCACUGUUACACAGGCUGCUCACUGUUUAGUGGACAUGCCCCUACUCACGGUAUAGCGAGUAGGGGCAUUGGGGAGAUUUUAAUCUCCCUUAUGCUAUUAUGGGGGUCAUAUUGACCCCCAUAGAGUGAGGGGGGAUAUGGGGGGGCUUAUGAAGUGGUGGGGAGCACUGCUCCCUGCCGCUUCUAUCUUUACAUAUUACAAGGAGGGAGCUGCGUGCCGGUAGCUCACUCCUUGUAAUAACCUGCACGAACAAACAUACACUGAUACACAGAUACACUGAUACAUAGUGUUUGUUUGAUCGGCUGAUCUUUCUAUUCACUCAUUCGUCUGUCUGAUGAAUGAAUGGAUGAAAUUCCCGUUCGCAUGUCCAGGUGUUUCACUGGGCAUGUGCGGGAAUAUCACAGUCUAUCUAGUGAGGGCUGAUGACGUGUCCCACAGGGACUUCAUCUACCCACACAAAGAUGGCGGCGCCCUGAAUAUAGAUCGGGGCAGAAAAUAAAGAUUAAAAAAUAGGUAAUGUGGGGGGCUUAUGGGCAUUUGGGGGUGACUAGGGGGUCAGUUAGAUGUAGUGGAGGCAGGCGGGGGGUUAAAAAAAACAACCCAGGAUUCGGCAUGACAGUGCCGCUUUAAGUACAAAUGAGUCACUCCACACUUGUGAGAACUGAUGCUGCUUUAAAUGUCCCAAAAGAGAGAAAAUUGAUUUGUUAUGUCUUAGACAUUAGCAAAUAAGAUCAUAAACAACUUGCUUGACUAUUGAAUCAUGGUGUCAUGCUCUCGAUCAGGUAGUAAACGAUUGCCAGAGUUAACUGAAGUGUCUUUAUUUGUAGCUUUUGACAUUACAGCAGUAUAAUAAUUUGUAGAAUAAAUAAUGAGAAGGAAAGGGAGAAAUAGACAGUAAGGCAAUAUGCUCUAUAUAGAAAACAAACUGUGCAAAUAAUAAAGCUGGAUAAAGUAUGGAAAGAAUACCAAGACCGGUAUUAGGAAUUAUAAAGAGUCAGAGUCAGAGUCAGGGAAAGAAAGGAACACCUUAGAAAACAAUAUGUUCAGCAAUAUCCAGAUAGUAUUUUUGCAGGGUUGUAUAAAUCCAGGUAGACAGUAUAAUGCAAUCAUAAUCCAGGUAGGUAUGGUGCAGGGUUGUAUGAAUCAGGUAGGCAGGUUAAAGCAGAGAUGAAGGUUAUCCAGAUAGGAAUGAAGCAGGGUUCUAUAAGGCAGGUAGGUAGGAUGCAAUGCAGGCAAAUUACAGGUGACUUAAUAGUAAUCCAAAUUAGGAAGGAGUAAGGCUAGGGAGGCCACUAGAGGUGAAAAACAGGAACUGCAUUUAAAGGGACAGUAUUAAAAGGAAAAGUCACAUGGUAAUAAUUGGAGGAAUAGCCAACAAGCUAUGUGUGUUAUUAAACAAUACUGAGAUAAUAGAUUGUGAUGGACAGCAUCUGGGCUGUGAAAUAACCUGAUAACAUUGGUGACAAUUCCAAACAUGUUAUGCUUCUUUAUGAAACUGGAUUCAUACUGGAUUCUUAACUCUACGUGUGCUAGAUGAGUGGAAAAUAUGUUUCCUCUUGAAGGAAGCUUGGGUGUGGAUGUCCAAUAAAUCAUAUGCUUUUCUGUUCUUUAUUUCAUAAUACAUAUUCAUUUAUGUAUUAAGGUUAGUUCUUGUUUUUGCAGGUAAAUGUAAAACACUGGAAGUGUACAAUGUUGUUGGAUGGAAUUGUAAAGCAUUAUAACAUUAAUUAUGACAUCCUACAAAACACGCUCAGAAGUCAGGAAAGUAAGCCAACAGGAGUUGGAUUUUCAAGGUAACUCAUACUCUGCCUAGUUUUCAAUAAGCCUGUCUUGGUAAAGGAUUUUGUUCUUCAUUCUGUACUGUUUAGUUAAAAUAAGAGAAAGAAGGGGAUAACACCUGAUGUUGAGAGGAGUUCUGUGGUUGACUAGGGCACAGACCUUAGUGAAACAGGUUACAUCAUAGCUUAAAGGACCACUAUAGUGCCCUGAGGGUGCCCCCACCCUCAGGGACCCCCUCCCGCCGGGCUCUGGGGAGAGGAAGGGGUUAAAAUCUUACCUUUCUCCAGCGCCGGGCGGGGAGCUCUCCUCCUCCUCUUCGGCUGAAUGCGUAUGCGCGGCAGGAGCUGCACGCGCAUUCAGCCAGUCUCAUAGGAAAGCAUUCAUAAUGAUGUCCUAUGGACGCUUGCGUCUUCUCACUGUGAUUUUCACAGUGAGAAGCACGCAAGCGCCUCUAGCGGCUGUCAAGAGACAGCCACUGGAGGCUGGAUUAACCUAUUUAUAAACAUAGCAGUUUCUUUGAAACUGCUAUGUUUAUAAAAAAAAAUGUGAUAACCCUAGCUGGACCAGGCACCCAGACCACUUCAUUAAGCUGAAGUGGUCUGGGUGCCUAGAGUGGUCCUUUAAGAGUGUGGCAUUUUCUGUAAGACCCAAUACCUUAACCUAUUUUCAUUUUGUGCUAAACAAGUGAUUACUUACUUACAAAUAAUACUAUACAGACAAGUCCUAUUUAUUUCCCCCCCCAAUUUAUGUUUUUUGCCUUUGGAUAUGUUAAUUGCAAUAUGAAGAAGGAUUAAAUAUUGACAUCUUUGUAAAAUUUACAUUUGUGUCACAAUAAAUAUAAUACACGUUUUGUAACUUGAAAGUGUUUGGUGCAUUGUACAAAAUGGUAAAUAUCCAAAGGGGGGGGGUGAAUACUGGUUCAAGGCACUGUAACUAAAGAGUGCAAACAAAAAAUAGUUAAAAGGAUACUGAGAACAGCUUAACCACCUGAGUUUAUUAAGUGGUUUUAUUGUAAUUAAAUAGAACCUAUAGUCCUGAAAAUAACAAUUGUUUAACUGUUUUACAUUGCAGGGUUAAAACUAAAGGACCAAUGUACCCACGCCACUUCAUUGGGAUGAAGUGAUCUAGAUGACUUUAAAGGGAAAUGAUCAAAACAACUUUAGCUUAAUUAAAUGACUAGUAUAGGCACCCAGACCACUUGAGCUGAAUUAAGUGGUCUGGGUGCCAGAUCUCCCUAGUUUUAACCCUGCAGCUGAAAACAUAGUAGUUUCAGAAAAAACUGCUAUGUUUACACUGUAGGGUUAAUCCAGCUCUAGUGGCUGUCUCCCUGACAGUCACUAGAGGCGCUUCCGCUAUUUACACAGAGUAAAUCACACUUAUUUGACGCUGGACGUCCUCAUGGACCUCCAGCGUCAAAAACAAACCCCAUAGGAAAGAAUUGAGUAAUGCUUUCCUAUGGGCGUGUUUGAAUGCGCAUGCGCCCUUUGACCGCACAUGCGCAUUAGACUCGACUCAGGAGCUGAUGUCGAUGGAGGAGGAGAGGUAACCAGUGCCGAGGGAGCCCGGCACAGGAUUAAGGUAAGCAAAUAAAUGGUUAAUUAACCAUUUAUUUGCCGUGGAUGGCGCCCUAGUCACUGUUUAGGUGACUAGGGCUCUAUAGCGUUAGGAAUACAAAUGUGUAUUCCUAACGCUAUAAUGUUCUUUUAAGUUGUUUUGAGAUAUAGAUCAUGCUCCCAAUGUGGAGUGUAGCUUUAGUCAGAAGACCUCUCUUGCCACUGGAUUAGAGGUAAAUUAACCACUUACCUGGAUUAGAGGUAAGUUAAUUAAUGUAUUUAUUUAUACAGUUAGUGUUCCUUUAAAAAAAGAAUACAAAGCCAGGUCAAACAUAGGAGGAAAGAAGAACCAAAGAUAGAUGAGAAAGAGGGAAGAUUACAAGUUAGAGAAGGGUCGCAAUUAUUCUUAAACUGGGUUCUUGUUGUAUGCUUAUUCCAUCUUUGUCCAGGAGUGUUAGUAAAAGGUUAAAUUGGCUCUCACCAGGGCUAAUACGUUUAAAGCACUCUUGUGAUAAUAAACUACAGUAUGUCCUAAAGGAAACUGGAAUGGGACUGGAAUAAAAAUGAACUGCAUAAAUAAUGCUUAAAUUCUCAGCAGGAGGCAUCAUGAGCACCUGGUAUCUAAUUUCCUUAGUACCAGCUGUUCUAAGCAGCUUCUGGUUGGAGCAUGUGAUCUUGUCAACACAGUUUAGACCAACUUCCAAACACUAACAAAGACUCCGGAACAGCUAUGACGCUGCUGGAGGAAAAACCUUUUGCCGUACAUCUAUCCAAUGUCUACUUCACUAUCCUUGCACUUUUCUGCUUUAAAUUAUUUGUCAAAAUCAGCCUUGCAAUCCUUAGUCAUUUCUACAUUGUAAAAGGAAAUCGCAAGGAGGCAGCACGGAUAGCUGCAGAGUUCCAUACUGUAACUCAAGGACAAGGUACUGUACAUGCUAACAUUGCUUUGUAACCCUUUGUUUAACAUAUCCUGCAUGUUUAAUCCUCCUUGUCACUGGAUCCUGCUUCAAUGAAGGGAAUCUCGCUGCCCUUACGAUUUCAAGGACCUCCCAAGUUUGACUGAUGAUAAUGACAAUUGUGGUGUGGCUGGCUGAGGGUAGCUACAAAUUUCCAACACUUGUCAGUGAAUCUGCAACAAAGUACACUGAGCAAGUGUAUAUCACAGUUUGUAAAUGCUUAGCACAAUGCACAUGUAUGUUUUAUAACACUUUGCCUCUCUCUAGGUGUAUUUUUAUUUUGGUCUAUAUUAAGCAUAUGUUAUCUUUAUGCACCAAGGAAACAAAAUAGAUGCAUCUUAAGACUUGUCAGUGUCUUAAUGGGCAGUGCCCUGACGAGAUUUUAUUCUGUCUCUGUACUGUAACUUUGUUGUGCUUAUCUCUUGUUAUAAUGAAGCAUGAUGGAAAAUAAUCGACCCUCUCUUGGUAAUAUUUCACGAUACUGGACUUCAUUUCAAGUAGAAAUGUCUUUGUAGAUACAGUUAUUGACAACCUAAGCCCUUCCAUCUGUUGAUGGCUGCAUCUUAUAUUUCCAGUCAGCUGGAUUAAGGCUGAUGGAAGUUAUGAUGCAGCAAUGGAGAGGGUGGCACAUUGCUCAGGUCUAAAUUAGUUAAUCAGUUUUCUUGCUUUUUCAAUAUAGGUAUAUUGAUAGCAGUAAGACUGGUUUAUAGUGGCAGGUGGGGCUGCACUCCCCCUCCCCAAUUUGUGUUGCAAAAAAAUAAAUACAAUUCAAAUCUGUUGGCAUUCUAGCAGGGCCGCACUGGGAAAAUAAUUUGGCCCGGGGAUUCAAUCACAGCGCCCCCUGAGGAGGGACGGGCCCAGAGAGGGUGUGUUUUGUCAUCACUAAUGACAAGCAUGCUCCCUCUCAAAGUGAGCAUGUUGGUUCAAUGCUCAGAGCCCUGCUGAGGAGCUCUAGCUUGAGAAAAAGGCCCUGUAUUUGUUCUACGCAGCACAAGCAAAUGUAAUAACAUGCUUGUGCUGUGUUUGCUAUUUACUUGUCUCUGGUGUCUCCAUAAGUGGUAUACCUAAAGGCCAGUAAAACGUAUUGUGUAUGUGUUUGGAGCCUGCUUGUGGGAUUGCGUGUGUGUAGAGUGAGCUGAUUGUGGUGUGGUAUUGUGUAAAUAGGUCGAUUUCAUUCGUGUUUGUAGUGUAAUGUGUGGCUAGGGACUGUAGAGAGUGUUUGUAAAGGAGGCAUAGUGUGUAUAGGGGAUGCAGCGAGUGUGUGUAUACGGGCUGUAGUGUGUGUGUGUAUAGGUGACGUAGUGUGUGUAGGGGAGGUAGAGUGUGUGUGUUUGUUUGCUUACAAGGAAUGUAGUGUGUGCAGACUAGGGGAUCCACAGUUUGUAUGUCAGGAAUGCAGUGUGUGUAGGUGGUGCAGUGCAGUGUGUGUGUGUAUAGGGGAUCUAGUGUGAUCUAGAGUGUAAAGUACCCAGAGUGUAUAUAGUGUGUAAAAGAUUCAGAGUGUAUAUAGGGAUCUAGUGUGUGUGUGUGUGUGUGUGUGUGUGUGUGUGUAGAUUAGAUGAUCCAGAGUUGGGUAAGGGAUCUAGCGUGUAUCUAGAGCGUAAUGUGUGUAGUGGUGCAGUGUGAGGGGUGCUGUAGUAUAUAUACAUUAUCUCACAAAAGUGAGUACACCCCUCACAUUUUUUGUAAAUAUUUUCUUACAUCUUUUCAUGUGACAACACUGAAGAAAUGACACUCUGCUACAAUGUAAAGUAGUAAGUGUAUAGCCUGUAUAACAGUGUAAAUUUGCUGUCCCCUCAAAAUAACUUAACACACAGCCAUUAAUGUCUAAACCGUUAGCAAUAAAAGUUGCCAAUUAGCCAUUUUCCCUCCCCAGUGUCAUGUGAUUCGUUAGUGUUACAAGAUCUUAGGUGUGAAUGGGGAGCAGGUGUGUUAAAUUUGGCGUUAUUGCUCUCACACUCUUUCGUACUGGUCACAGGACGUUCAACAUGGCACCCCAUGGCAAAUAACUCUCGGGGAUCUGAAAAAAAAGAACUGUUGCUCUACAUAAAGAUGGCCUACGCCAGGGGUAGGCAACCUACGGCACUAGUGCCAUGCACGGCACUCAAAGUGUCUUUGCACGGCACUCAAGGAUGCUAGAGCCAAACAGGCUUUGGCCUAUCAGGAGUCCCAGUGAAACUUCAGAUAUAUGCUAAUACGAAAAGGUGGUGAAAGACAACCCUCAAUUUAUGCAUUGCAGUACAUAGCGUAAGUGAUCUCAGGUCACUUCCUCCCAGCACUUGUGAAUGGGAAUCCACACUGUGGUAGAGCAGCCCACAGUGGAUAUUGCAGCUCCUGCCCUUCACCUGUACCUGCCUGGUCUCCACUGGAACCUAGGGAAGCCACCCAUACUGCUAGAUAUACUCAGAAAUGCACAAUAACCCUCCCCUCAUACAAAUAAUACGAACAGCCCACAAGCAAACAUACACACAAUCCGCACAAACGUAACCCGCUAACAAUCCACAUACAUGCACACAACCCCACAUGCAGCCUCUCACAUGCAAUACUCCAAACAGCCCCACACAUACACACACUACCAAACACACGUUAUGUGACAUAUCAAUCCACACACACAAUUCCACAAGCAGCCCCCAUACACAGCCCACAUUCAUAUGUAUCAUACACGAUACCACAAACUACUCUCGAACAUAUGCAAUAUAAUAGCUCAUAUACGCACAAAUACAAAGAUACAAAGCUAUUGCAGUAUAAAUAACACAAGGAGAAUAUGCCAGUAUACACACCUCAAUUUUAAAAAAUAGUACUGGCACACUACGGGACAUCACAAUCCUAUAUCGGCACAGUGCUGCUAAAAGGUUGCCUACCCCUGGCCUUGGCUAUAAGAAGAUUGCCAAGACCCUGAAACUGAGCUGCAGCAUGGUGGGCAAGACCACACAAUGGAUUCAUAGGACAGGUUCCACUCAGAACAGGCCUCGUCAUGGUCAACCAAAGAAGUUUAGUGCACAUGCUCAGUGUUAUAUCCAGAGGUUGUCUAUUGGGAUUAGACGCAGGGGUCGCGGCUGUUACCGGGCCCGGCCCACCAAGGGGCCCGCCGCCCUGCGACCCGGUAUGCACGCCAGUGUGGCCACAUUUUGCCAGCCUCUUCUCCUGGGGGGCCCAGGAACUGGCCACCUUAGGGCCCCCCGAGGCUGGCAGUGGCUUCAGUUUGCCGGCGGCUGGGCGCGCGAGGGAGCACUCUCCCCUGUGCGCUCUCUGCUCAGCUCCUUCGCAUGCACCACACUGAUGCCGGAAAAUGACGUCUCUGACAUCAAUACGCAGCGCGCGAGGAAGCUGGGCAGAGAGCACUUAGGUGAGAGUGCUCCCUUGUGCGCGCCCGGCUGCCCAGCAGCCCCACUGGACCCCAGGGACAGCAGGAAUCCCCAUAGCACUCCCAAAGGUAGAGAGGCUGGGGAUUAAAUUAAAAAAAAAAAAUAAUGUUAGUGUGAGUGUGUUACUGUGUCUGUUAUUGAGUGUGUGUCUGCUAGUGAGUGUCAGUGUGUGUGCCAGUGAGUGUGUGUUACUGUAUGUUAGUUUGUGUGUGUUUGUUAGUGAGAGUGUAUGUUUUGUAAGCGAGUGUGUAUGCGUGUCUGUUAGCUAGUGUGUAUGCGUCUGUUCGUGAACGUGUGUAUGUGUGUGUAGUUCAGCACUUACCUUUUCCCAGCGCCGGGCUCCCUUGGCACUGGGGAUUUCUCUGCCCCGAUCCACCUUUCACCUCCAAAUGCGCAUGCGCGCAUUCAAACUGCCCAUAGGAAAGCAUUACUUAAUGCUUUCCUAUGGACGUCCAGCGGAAGCGCCUCUAGCGGCUGUCAGUGAGACAGCUACUAGAGGCUGGGUUAACCCUCAGUGAAAAAUAAGAAGUUUCUCUGAAACUGCUAUGUUUUCAGCUGCAGGGUUAAAACUAGAGGGACCUGGCACCUAGACCACUUCAUUGAGCUGAAGUGAUCUGAGUGCCUAUAGCGGUCCUUUAAGUGUAUCUGCAUGCACUGGCGGCAUGCAGGGGUCGCAGCCCUGCGACUAGGUGCCCACCGCCAUGUGUAGCAGCACCGGCCCACGCAGAGUAAGCGCGGGGGGACCCACGGAUCAAUUUCGCACCGGGGCCCCAUGGAUCUUGUGUACGCCACUGCUACCAGCAUUGCAGCAGAUGUUGUAGGGGUGGGGGGUCAGCCUGGUAGUGCUCAGGCCAUACGUCGCACACUGCAUCAAAUUGGUCUGCAUAGCUGUCGUCCCAGAAGGAUGCCUCUUCUAAAAAUGAUGCUGAAGACAAGCAGACUAAGGAUAUGGAUUACUGGAACCAUGUCCUGUGGUGCAAUGAGACCAAGAUAAACUUAUUUGGUUCAGAUGGUGUCAAGCGUGUGUGUUGGCAACCAGGUGAGGAGUAGACGUUUGUCUUGCCUACAGUCAAGCAUGGUGGUGGGAGUGUAAUGGUCUGGGCCUGCAUGAGUGUUGCCGGCACUGGGGAGCUAGAGUUCAAUGAGGGAACCAUGAAUGCCAACAUGUACUGUGACAUACUGAAGCAGAUCAUGAUCCCCUCCCUUCGGAGACUGGGCCGUAGGGCAGUAUGCCAGCAUAAUAACGACCUCAAACACACAUCCAAGAUGACCAUUGCCUUUCUAAAGAAGCUGAAGGUUAAGGUGAUGGACUGGCCAAGCAUGUCUCCAGACCUAAACCCUAUUGAGCAGCUCUGGAGCAUCCUCAAACGGAAGGUGGGGGAGCGCAAGGUCUCUAAUAUCCACCAGCUCCGUGAUGUCGUCAUGGAGGAGUGGAAGAGGACUUCAGUGGCAACCUGUAAAGCUCUGGUAAACUCCAUGCCCAUGAGGGUUAAGGCAGUGCUGGAAAAUAAUGGUGGCCACACAAAUUAUUGACAUUUUGGGACAAAUUUGGACAUUUCCACUUAGGGGUGUACUCACUUGUGUUGCCAAUGGUUUACACAUUAAUACCUGUGUGUUGAGUUAUUUUGAGGGGACAGCAAAUUUACACUGUUAUACAGGCUGUACACCUACUACUUUACAUUGUAGCAGAGUGUAAUUUCUGCAGUGUUGUCACAUGAAAAGAUAUAAUAAAAUAUUUACAAAAAUGUGAGGGGUGUACUCACAUUUGUUAGAUUCUGUGUGUGUGUGUAUAUAUGUGUAUAUAUGUAUGUAUGUAUAUAUAUAUGUGUGUGUGUGUGUGUACAUACAUACAGGUGAUACUCAACAAAUUAGAAUAUCGUGCAAAAGUUAAUUUAUUUCAGUAAUGCAACGUACAAGGGGAAACUAAUAUAUGAGAUAGACGCAUUACGUGGAUUUGGGGUUUUCAUGAGAUGUAAGCCAUAAUCAUCGCACUUAUGACAAAUCACGGCUUGAACUAUCCUGCUUUGCAUGUAAUGCGUCUAUCUCAUAUAUUAGUCUCCCCUUGUAUGUUGCAUUACUGAAAUAAAUGAACUUUUGCACGAUAUUCAAAUUUUUUCGAGUAUUACCUGUGUGUGUGUAUGUAAACCAGUCAUUGGCGGACACAGUAUACUUAAUAAAGUAGUCAUUCGGUGAUUUAACCUGUAAUCAGAGGUGUAACUAGAAACCAAUUACCCUGCCACCCCAUGCAUCCCAUACUUCCCCCUAGCCCCAUCCAUGUGUCUUAAUUUCCCCCCAAGCCCCUCCAUGUGCAUUAUUCCCCCCAGCCCCUCCAUGUGCAUUAUUCCCCCCAGCCCCUCCAUGUGUCUUAUUCCCCCCCAGCCCCUCCAUGUUUCUCAAUGCCCCCUGCCUCUCCAUGUGUCUCAUUUCCCCCAAGGCCUCUCCAUGUUUCUCAUUUACCAAAAAGCCCCUUCAUGUGUCUCCUUUCCCCAAAAGCCCCUCCAUGUGUCUCAUUUCCUUCCCCAUAAGUCCCCUCCAUGUGUCUCAUUCCCCCCAAAGCCUCUUCAUGUGUUUCAUUUCCUCUCCCCCAAAACCCCUCUAUUUGCCUCAUUAUCUCCCCCCAACCCUCCAUGUGUCUCAUUCCCUUCUCCCCAAACCCUACGUGUGUCCCCUUCACUCCUCCCCAGUCCCUCCAUGUGUCCCUUUUCCUCUCUCCCAGCCUUUCCAUGUGUCUCAUACCCUACGUGUGUCCCCUUCCCUCCUCCCCAGUCCCUCCAUGUGUCUCAUUUCCUCCACCCAACUCUCCAUGUGUCUCAGUAUCUCCCCCCAGCCCCUCCAUGUGUCCCAUUCACUCCCACCAGCCCCUCCAUGUGUCUCAUUCACUCCCACCAGCCCCUCCAUGUAUCUUAUUUCCUUCUCCCCCAAGCCUUCCGUGUGUUCCAUUCCCUCCCCCCAGCCCCUCCAUGUAUCCCAUUUUCUCCCUCCUAGCUCCACCAUGUGUCCCAUUCCCUCCCCUCCAUGUGUCCCAUUCCCUCUCCCCAGCCCCCCAUGUGUUCCAUUUCUUCCCCUGUACCCCUCCAUGUGUCCCAUUCCCUCCCACCAGCCCCUUCAUGUGUCUCAUUCACUCCCCCAGCACCUCCAUGUUUCUCAUUCCCUUCUUCCCCCAGCCCUCUGUGUGUUCCUUUCCCUCCCCCCAACCCCUCCAUAUAUCCCAUUUCCUCCCUCCUAGCUCCACUAUGUGUCCCAUUCCACCCCAACCCCCAUGUGUUCCAUUUCCUCCCCCCAACUCCUCCAUGUGUCCAAUUUCCUUCCCUCAGUCCCUCCAUGUGUUUCUCCCCCUCCUGUACCUGGUCACCUCUCUCAGUGAGCACUUCCUGGCAGAGUGCCCAGCCACGAUACAUACAAUGGCAGGAGAGGAGCAGCACAGCUGUGCACUGGCCCUGAUGGUAAGCUACUGCGGCCUGGAUCUCUGGAGUGAUGGGCCCAGUUGCAGUAGCGACCCCUGCAACCUGGUUGGUAGGCGUCUGUAAUGUUUACAUCCAUAAGCAACUCAAGUCUUGUGUAGCAAUGGAAAGUGUGACAGUGCUUUUGCUGAUAUAAAUGGCUGCAAUUUCCAUUCUUAACAAUUGCUAAUGUCACUCAGCAGCAGUUGUUGAGGGAAAUAAACUGUGAAUGGUUAGUUCUCAGCAUUCAUUCCAACCAUAUCACAGGUCUAUAUAUAAAUAUUAAAAAAAUGCAAUAGAGCAGUUGCAAACACAAUUAUUACUCUGUAAGCCAAUGAAAGGUACACAGUUUAAUAUUUAUAAUAUAGCUUUCCUUUGAAAUAAUUAGCUGUAUUUUUGUAUACCGAUUGUCCUAGUUUUGGGGGAAAAUUUACUGAAUUUUGCAUCUUAUCCCUAAAAGGACUCCUCCUUAGUGAUACCAAUAAAAAGCCGAGUUUGAAGUACAGUAAAACACUAUUACAACAAGACGACAUCCAAUCAGGUAGAAAGCAAGCUUAUUGAAGGAACAGAGUCUAUACAGAUGUUUAAACAGCACCUGGAUGAAUACUUGCAAAAACAUUAUAAUCAGGGAUAUAAUUUUUCAUUUUUGGGUUAAUAGCUUCUUGAUCCAAGGAGAGACCUGACGACCAUUCUCUAGUCAAGAAGGAAUUUUUUUCCUAGUUUGUUACAAAAUUGGAAAGCUCUUCACAUUGGGUUUCUUGCCUUCUUUUGGAUCAACAGCAAAAAACAGAUGUGAGAGACAAAACACCCUAAUCCCGCAGCCCGUGCUGUGUGCCUCCAUGGGCCGGUGAGGGAGAUCAAAUAUCAAAUAUAUAUUGAAUUGUAUCCUAUUGAAAUCUGAUCUUAAUAUUAUAUUUGAUAAAGGGUACCCGAGCCCCUAUUGCAUGGUCGGAGAGUCCCUAAUUCUUCUGGCCAUAAUAAUUAACUAUUUAGUAAGUCCAGAGGGUGCCUAAUCCCUCUUACCAUGUUUCAAAAAGUUGCUUCCACUAAUGGCUUAAUAUCCUCAAGCCCUAGUCAUCUGCCCCCAUACUGUUCACCCUACUAUAUUUAUAAAAUUAUAAAUUGAAAGUGUCAUAGUUAUUUGCCGAAGCUUUGCUUAUUUAUUUUUCUUGGUCUUUAAUCAGCUUUCAUCUUUUUUAAAUCUUUUCUUAGAUUUUCUUUCCUUCAGCCAUAGUGAAAUGACCUAGAAACUACCAUAAAAAGAAUGAUGUGUCCAAUUGUGGAACCUACUGGAAUCUUCCAGUUUGCUAGAACCUGGUAGACAGGCAGAUAAACUUGUUUAUUCUGGUGCCUGAAUGGAAUGACCUAAAAUGUACCAGAAAUGGCUGAUGUGUAAAAAUGUACUACUGCUUUACUGUUUCACAACAGCUAUGUGGUCAAAUAUAUCAAGCUAUCUCCCUAAUUCUAAAACUUGCCUAUUAAAUGCACACACAUAUACAAAUCUAUCAAUACAAACCUAUUCAACAGCGCUGUAGCAUAUGUUGGUGCUCUCCACUAAUAAUAGAAACAUACACAGAAAAAACACAUUAAACUACCACUAGGUUCUGCCCAUUUAUUAUUUUAAUAGCUUCCUCCCACCACAUAUGAGCCCCUCAUUUAUUUAACAGCCUCCACCUGUUGCUCAUGGAUGGAUAGGGCUGGAUUAACAUAGGGGCUCUUGGAGAACUAGCUCCAGGCUCAUGCUUGUUGGUAGGCCCUAGCAGCUGUUUAUAAAUAUAAUCCCUGACAUGGGCUCCAUGUGGUGCCUAUUCAUUGUCUGGAAAUCCAGGAAGGGCUUAUAUUCCUCCCCACACAAUUACUAUGAUAAGGUCUUGGAUAAUCUAGUCUCUAGUUCUAAAAUCUUUGAGAUGGUGAAGUCUACUCUCUCUUAGUGCACCUCUGUAGACCUACUUACUGUUAUAGGGUGGAUCCAAAGGAUUGUUUGCCUAAUGGCCAAUGCUAAUGCCACUCUGGCCACAAAAAGUUUUUGUUUUUAAAAAAAGAUAGUUUAAGCUUAUUAACCUUGCCACCUCUGAGCCAGGACAACAGGAAAAGGUUUCUUUUUCAGAGACCAUUUGCAUACGAACUGGGCACUUUUAUUAGAACCUUCAUGGCCCUAGAUUAAGCAUAAUCUAACAUAUGAAAGGGGGCGUCUGAUCAUUGAUUCUUUCGGCGGACCCUGAUGCCAAUCCAGGGCAUCCUUCCACAAAACUAAACUGCCUUCCUCUCUCAGAAAGGUCACCCUUGGCAGAAUCGAGGCUACAGAGACACUCCUCGAAGCCGACAACCUUAUGGUAAGCUGAAUAUUACCUCACCAUUCUAUCCAUGUAAAAGUAGAGGGCAUACUGAUGUUUUUUUUUUUACAGAGCAUGGAUGUCCUUGACUACAGAUGCAUGGGUCCUACAGACUGUGAUGGCAUAUCAUAUAGAGUUAUUGACAACCCCAAACCAGACAUCUGCCCCACAAACGAUUCAAUUCUCAGAACAUGACCAAGGUAUGGUCUUUCAAGUGGUACACACAUUAGCUGACAAAGGAGCUAUAGUACCCAUUCCUGUAAUGUCUUUGGGUUUCAUCAGCAAUAUCUUUUUGGUACCCAUGUAAGGAGGUGGGUUGCUACCCGUGAUCAAAAUGGAAGGCAUACAUUGUCUACGGGACUUGCUCCUUACCAGGUAUCGUAUGGUCAAACUAGAUCUGCAAGAUGCAUAUCUCACUAUUCCCAUAGUGGAAGAUCAUUAAGACUAAUUGCAAUUCAUCUUGGGAUGACAGUAGUGGCGAUUCACCUGCCUACUGUUCGCCUAUAUUUAGCCCAGUGGUGCUUCACCAAACUGUUAAGACUUGACGUCCGCUCCUUAUGCUGGAAAGUUGUUUGUCUUAUUAUCUACUUACAUGACUUGUUAAUUAUAUCUCAAGAUACACCUACCCUAAAAUUACACCUCUCAUGGACAAAAACUCUCUUACAGCAACUAGGAUUUCUCAUCAACUGGGACAAGUCGUCCUUUACCCCAUCACAAUGAAUAAAAUACUUGGGGUUUACAAUAGAUUCUGUACAUGGCACUCUGUAUCUACCAGACUCCAAAGUCCUAAUCAUCAAAAAAGUAAAUCAGAAGGGUUCUCACUCAACCCAUGAUCACAAUACGUCACCUAGCACAGAUGAUUGGCCCAUUAUCUGUGUCACUCCAAGCCAUUUUCCUGGAUUUAGUAUAUUACCAAUCUCUUCAAUGCCUGAAGCACCGCUCACUCCAUCCAGGCAACACAUACGAUAACAUAAUUCCAUAUGACUGUGAGGCAGCAGAAGAACUCCCCUGGUGGCUCCUGCACAUUGACACAUGGAAUGGCAGAGCAAUUUUCAGGAGGAACUCUAUGUCGAUUGCCAAGAACUUCUAUCUGGCUCGUUUGCCCUUUCAGAGUCUCACAAACAAAUCAGUGAAUUGGUCAAUACUUCUAUGGCUGGACAAUGUAGCGACAGUUCAAUAUAUGUCAUCUGGAUGGCACCAGAUCACAAGCUCUGUCGAAUAUAGCAAAUGAAUUUUGGCAGUUCUACCCAACCUGCAAUCUUCAGUACAAGCUGAACAUAAUCCAGGUUCAUUCAUUACUUUAGUCUUCUUUUCUCAUGCCCACCUCUAUCUCAAUGUUUCUGCUCUUCUGUCCCAUCCUACCCCUGUUUGUGGCCCCUGUCUCCAAGUACUCACCUAAUUGCUGGACAGUGGUAAUGGUGUUGCUCAGUAACCACAGGUAGUCAGAGGUACACACUGGGUUAGGAUGCUGACGUCAUCCAUGUGGUCUCUUGUAGUUCCUUUAGCUGUCUGCAGGGGAGAGAGGACUUGCUGCCAUGAGUGCUGAGCAAGAAAAGGGAAGAGUUAUUCUCCUUCUCGUCUAAACACAUCAACCACCAACGGUAAGCAAUAUGAUCAAGGAGUGCUGCUUUCUUCAGCUUGAUGACUCAUGGCCAUGUACUUAUUGGUCUAAUCAGAAAUCAGACUGUGGAUAUUAGGAUGGCUCAACCUCCUCAGCCAUGCUAUAAUGUCCUCUGGUACCUCAAUAUUGUCAUUACAAUGUUCAAGAACUGGUCAUCCAACAUAGAUCUGUCACUGAGAUAUCUCACUGCGAAACUAGUCAUGUUAUUCUGCGUGAUAUCUUCUAAAUGUUUCUCUAAUGCCAGAGCAUUAGAUAUUGCUACCUGCUCCUUCACCUCUGUGUGAGUCUACUUUGACGCACCAAGACCUCAAUUAAAUUGGUUUCUACCCCAGUUUUCCACAUCAUGCUCGGUUAAGUCAUCUCCUGCCUUAGAGAAUACAAGCCCAGGACAGCACUCUUCAGGGAUUUCUCUUGUACAGAGUUAUUCCUCUCUCUUCGCAAACCUCAUCACCUGGUUUCUAUGAUCUAUUGAUGGGUAAAAUGGAUUCUUGAUUCUGCAGAAAUAGAUACUUAUACCUACGGACCUUAUUCCACUGUAAGGCUAUGACUUCUAAAGCAGGUUCUCUGGGAUAGUGGGAUGGUGCGUAGAAGACCACUAGCAACGGCUUUGUCAAGGGAAUCUACCUUCCUUGAAUUAUACUUUUGAACUUCUACACAUUUUGCUUCUACAGUUCUUGCUCAUCUUUAAACAAGCAUAAUAUGAGCCUCCAUGUCUUUAUAAAAUUACCAGAUUUUGCUAAUAUAACAUAAAGUCAUGAUUUUAUUAAGACACGAAGGCGAAUAUUAUUCCCACACCUAUUAUCUUUCUUUAUCUAUUGGUAAGUACAAACUUUCGUUUAUUAUAUGCGUAUAUUUUUCAUGACCUCACUUCAUUUUAAUUGCUUAGUAGAUUGUUUUUCUUAUACAAUAGUGUUUUUAUACACAAUUGAUAUUUAUUAAAUAUGACAUAUAUUUUGACUCCUUUUAUGUGUCCAUAUUACCAUAUAGUUCUCUUUUUCUUUUAGUGUGAAGUUACCUUGGGUGGACUCUCUAUGUGACAGACAGAUGGUUUUCUCAUUCUAUGUUUUAGUUUUCUGUUAUUUUCUACAUUAGGUUGUUUCAUCUUAUUUUGUUACAUUAGAGUUUUGGUGGAUAUCAAAGAAACAUCAAAGAAAAAGGAGUUUUGGAUUACAUUCAAUUAUAUAUGGAUGGGAGAAAUUGUUGGAUACUCUGAUUGGCUGUAUUAUGCGUUUGUUAAUAUUUAUGUUCUAUCACGUCAUUUUUGAAGUUUCAAAUAUUUUCUUUUUUUUCCCUCUUUGCUGCUGAGGAAAUAAAGAGAUAAGCCUAAUAUUCGGCUCCGUGUCUCAAGAAAAUCAUGACUUUAUGCCAUGAUAUUAGCAAAAUCUGGUAAUUUUAAAUUGUAAUUCCUGAAACUGUGUGCACUUUUUCCUUAAUGUGUACUUUGUCCAUUUGUGGCAGCCCAGCAAAACAGAAGUGGCAAUCAAUUGAUGUCCAUUGCAUGGACUGUAUAUAACUCAUUAUAUCAAUAGCAUAAUAUAAAUAAAGACAUACACAAAGAGACUGUGAAUGGAUAUAAUGGCCGGAGCUUUUAUGUAAAGGGUUUGAGCAGAAAUGCACAUAAACAUUCCAAUAAAUACAUAACCAGAAUUUUAUGAAUCUUAAAAUAACUUUAAAACCAAGCUUGAACUAAUGCAAUCUGCCCUGAGAGUCAGAUUUUUAUAAUUGUUCCUCUGCCCACCCACAAAAUUGAAAGGAGAGCUUACCCCUUGCCUUAAAACCUAUGACAGAUAAUUGAGAGGGUGGGAUGCUUGUUCUGGUAAUCUCAGGGAAGAGGUUUAGGUCGCCAAAAAUGCUGCCCUAUAUUCAACUGCUUGCGCCUCCAUAUUGCUAGCUACGUGCCCCCACUGCUAACUUUGUCCAGCAAUGGAGAGUUAUAUUGUCUGCAACAAUGCCAGCUAUUUGUAAUUCUGGCAUGAAGUAUACAUGCACAUUCACACAAUGUAGGAGUUUAUUCACUAAGUACUAAAUCGUUUCUCAAAUUAGACAUAUAUACAGUUGAUCUAGAAAAUAAUUCCAACUCGGCAAUAGUUGCAGUUUGGCUAUGUUACCUGAAAUGUUGAUGUUUGGUUUUCAGUUUACUACUAUCUGCUGUUAAGUGAAUAAAACUGCACAUAUGUACACAUUACACACACGCACAAAUACAUUCACAUAACAUACACAUUGCACAUGCUUUCAAUAUACCUUGAUAUACAAAUUACAUACAUUGCCCUCCACUAAUAUUGGCACCCUUCGUAAAAGACGACUGCAAACAACUCUUUAUUAUUUAACCUUUUGAUCUUUUGUUAAAAAAAUACGCAAAAAAUAUAGGACUUGCUGUAGCAAACUCACCCCUUUAAGAGAGUUUGCCAUGAGCUUUUGGAGCAGCUUACUUGCCCGCCUCCUGCCAUGUGACUAUGGCCCUGGGGGUAUUGCCCUUUAAAGACAGUAUUUGGGAAUAUUGUAUUGUACUGCACUGUUUCUGGCCCUUUAAGUACUUUAGGAAAAGACAUGCAGCUUUGCUAUGGCACUUCGGAUGCAGCCGAAGUAAUCGAAGUGGCCGCCAUUCGACAGCCGAACACGUGGCGGCGGCCAUUUUAGUUCAUUCGCACGUGGUCAGCGGUGUUUUGCCGUCGGUUUCAUGGAACUGAAAUCGGCUACUCGACGGCACGAACACCGCUGAAGUUGACCUUCUCAUCCACUUCAACUCAUCAGCUAAAGACGAAGUGCGUUCGACAAUUCGAACGCCAGGUUAUGCUGUACUAUUUGCACGAAUGCCCCCAUUCGUGCAUUCGAAUGAUACUUAGACAUUUUUGAAAUGGAAAAAUCAAUCAAAGUAUUGAUUAUUUCUUUGUGUAUCUGCCCCUGGCCAAAUCAUUGAAACGAUGCGUGCACGCUCCCUGAAGUAAUUCACACCAGACACAGGUUCCAGGUUGUUGAAUAACUUGAGGAAUGUUUAUUCAGAGAGGACAGCAGGUCCCUUUUAAAGCAAAAUUACAUCAUAAGCAUUGUCAGAGAUAACAUGGAAUUAUACAUCAAUAAUUGGUUAGGUGUUAAGUGGUCGCUCUAAUGCUCUGCCUACUGUAGGUGAUGUCACCGGGGCCAUGAGGGUCUCCCACGGUUUCCCGGCGCCAUCUUGCUGCACGAGGUAGUUAGUUGGUGUUAAGAAGGGAAGGGGGGGGAGGAGGGGUUAGAAGCUUCUAGCAGCCAUUUUGAUUAAAACAUGUGUGCUUAGCUUUAUAUAUGAUAUAUCGUGGAAUGAGUAAAUAGACAUGUUCAUUAACUAGGAAAUAUGUGCAGACCUUAUUUCCACAACAGUCCCCCCUAAAAUGGCUCUUUACCAUAACAACUGCUACUGUCCCUAAUAUGUCCCUAGCUGCCUGCAGCUCAUCUGUCUUAACAAGCAUCGAACACUUCACUCCGUGGGUAACCCGCAACGGCUAGUCCACCACAUCUCCACACGUGAGACUCGCCUGCUAAGACAGACGCUUUCCCUACACUGUCCCUACAGGAGAGCAGUUGUCUGUUUGAACUGAUGUGAUUGAAGGGGUGUAUGUGGAGUGUUAUCUUUGAGGUCUGUGAUGUCUUGAUGUAGGAAAGUAGGGGUCACGUCAUCUAUAGUCUUAUCUACCGCUUUCUGUAAGUACUUCUGUAUGCAAGGGAGCACGCAACAGGUUAAAAAUAAGAAGAUGAUAAUCAUUAUAAGAACAGCUGUCCCUACCUGGAAGAGAGUCCUUUGCCAACCAUUCAUCCACCCAAACCAUCUGUCCCAAGUGUCAGUGACUCCUGAAUUUUUCUUUAGUUCAUCAGAAAGACUAUCUAGCUUUUCUAUGGCCGUAGUCACCUUACCAUUUGGCCCAGUGUUGUCUGGAAUGUAUGUGCAACACGUCAUAGUCUCAGGGAGGAUCUUACAUACUCCCCCUUUCUCAGCUAAAAUCAUAUCUAGGGCCAUUCUAUUCUGAAAUGUCAUUUGAGUAGUGGCUUGUAACUGUUCUGCUAGGCCCUGUAGGGCAUCCCUUGUGUAGUUAACGAAGCGCUGCUGAUUAUAAUAGAUGUAGUUGAUCCAAUUGACAUUUUUGUUAGCAGUUAUCAUUGGAAUUAGGGAUUCAAAUCCUGCAGCCACUUCAUCUCUUGCUUUGAAUUCGUUAGGCACCCCCCUUGGCACACCUAUGGCAUCAAUAUACACAUGGGGGUCGAAGCUCCCUCGGAUAGGAGCCUCUCGUUUGGUUCUAGAGUGUACAUGUGUAAGGUUUAACGUGUUAUGACUACCAUCUGGAAUAAUGUGGAUAGGCAUUAUGACUUUGGUUAGGGCACACUCCCCCCACCAUUGCCCAGCUAAUUGGGACCUCAAUUGUUUGUCACCACAUAACCAAUAGAUAUCACCGAUUGUCUUUGUGUGGUUCAUUAGCAGUGAUACAGGUGGAUUAUGGUAAGUUGAGCAAGAUCCUGAUGGGAAUUUGCCCAGAUACAAACCAGCGUUCUUAGAUAUUGUAUAACAUGUGUAAUUACCUGGGUAGACGGUGACUCCAUCAGGUGGUUUUACAUGUCCAUGAGUGAUUGGGUAAAUUCUCUUCCAUGAUUGAGGAGUUGAGGAGUUGGUGGUGGAUUGUGCAUAAAGACUCAGAACACAUAAUUCUACUUCAGGGGGUAAGCUCAGAGGUACUGUACCCAGAUGGGGCCUGGCUCCUCCCCAUACAUAACAGUUAGUCUUAUUAUGUGAGUUGGCAUUAUACCUCAUCCAUUCUAGCCACAAAUGAGUGUCUGAAAACCCAGUCUCUACUGCCAUGGUAUCUUCAAAGGUGGGGUUGGCUAUAGCUACCAUGUCAUGUAGGGUCUUAAUAUGUGGCUUUAAUGGGUUAAUGAUCAUGUGAGUGGUCCCUACCCAGUCUGGGGAGGUGAGCAUGUCUUGUAGGUAAAAUGUCCCCAAUGCAUUAUGUGAGCCACCUCCCUUCCAAUACAUUCCCAUCACAUAUUCCCCUGCAUCCCUUGGGCUGGGGUGUUCUAUAUUCAGGGUAAGUUUAAUGGGAGUUGACCCUAUGGGUUUACUCAGAGUCAUUCUAGAAAGUAGGGGUUUCCCGUCUUUGUCAAGUCUGUCCAGUGCAACUUGAGGUCUGUAGCCCCAUGGUCUACCUGUAUUCCACCCGGCAGCUUUCCAUGAACUACAAUGGUGUCCCCAAACUCCUCCAGUCACACAAAUGUAUGGAUCCUUUUUGUUAGGUAUGUCUUUGUAUAUGGCUGCAUAUUGUGUUUGUGGAAAUGUACAAGUAACUAUGUCACAGUAAUCAAAGGUGUAUGUGGCUACAUCAGUAUUAGAAGAAUUGUACCAGAAAGUGUAAACGUGAUUAUCUUUGGUUAUGUCCACUUGUUGGGCCCAGGCAAAGUGUAGCAACAUAAGAAAACACAAGACACAUAAUAAAUUCAUAUUUCAACAGGAUCAGCCUCUUCUGGAGCAGGCACUUUUUUGCAAUGUGAAGCGUGUAUCCAAGAACUCUUUCCAGCUAGUUUAACUGACGUUGCUGUAAUCAGGAGCACUUGAUAAGGACCAUCAAAUCUCGGUUCUAGGGUGUGUUUUCUGAGAAACUUCUUGACCAUAACCCAAUCACCCGGAAGCAGCUUGUGUGUACCUUUAUUCGACUCAGGAUCUGGAAUAGAAGAAAACACUUGGGCAUGUAUCUUGGUCAAGGCAUGUGAGAGGGCAGUAACAUAGUCUACCAUAGCAUCUGACUGAAUCUGAAGCUGUUGGGGAAAGUAGCAACCUAACCUGGGUGCUGUACCAAACAAAAUCUCAUAAGGUGACAAGCUAUAUUUUCCUCUGGGAGUGUACCUUACACUAAAUAACGCUAGUGGGAGACUCUCGGGCCAGGGCAUGUUAGUUUCUUGUGACAUCUUAAGCAUUCUGGCUUUCAAAGUGCCAUUCAUGCGUUCUACCUUACCGCUACUUUGUGGGUGGUAUGGUGUGUGGAAUGCAAGGGUCACCCCCAGUGCUGACCAGACUUCCCGUGUUAGCGAGGCAGUGAAGGAGGUCUCUUGGUCACUUUCAACUACUUCUGGAACUCCAUAGCGGCAAACUAUUUCUGUCAAAAGAUACUUGGCUGUAGUCCUCGCGGUGAGAUUAGUCACUGGGAAGGCCUCUGGCCAUCCUGAAAACAUGUCCCCUAUGACCAAUGCAUAUUCAUAACGUCCACUCUUUGGCAUCUGAAUGUGAUCAAUCUGGAUCCUCUGGAAGGGGUAUUGUGGUUUAGCUAGGUGAUUAGGUGCGGUCUUUAUGAUCUUUCCAGGAUUGCAUUUAGCACAUAUAGUACAAUAUUUACAGUAAUUCUGUGUUAAGGUAGUGAUGCCUGGUGCUUUUAAAAUACUUGUCAAUCAGUGAGUUCAUCAGGAGUUUCGACAGGUGGGCUGGCCCAUGGGCCCAUUGGACCACCGCUGAGUACAUACUUCUGGGUAAGCAGAACUUGAGAUUGAUGGUGUAAACAUCAUCACGGAGUACAGCUCCUUUAAUCUUCCAACUUUGUUUCUCCUGGGGAGUAGCAGCAGCUUGUUGUUCCUUCAGAAGCCUAAGAUCUGUAGGCAAUGUUUGCAUAGUGUAGAUGGGUAAUGUAUCUGUGGCCACUCUUCUGUCCACUUCCCAUCCUUGCCGUGCUGCUUCCUUAGCUGCCUGAUCAGCUAAGUGGUUGCCCCGUGCUUCUUCUGUGUCUAGUCUUCCGUGGGCUUUUACUUUCAGUACUGCCACCUCUGCUGGAAGUUCCAAUGCAUCCAUCAGUUCUGCAAUGGCUGCCCCAUGUUUUACUGGGGUACCGGUAGCCGUAAGAAAUCCUCUGGUCUUCCAAAUUAAGCCAAAGUCAUGUGCUACUCCCAGGGCAUAUCUUGAAUCCGUGUAAAUAUUGACACGUAGACCUUCAGACAAUUUGCAGGCCACAGUCAGGGCUGUUAGCUCGGCUUCUUGAGCAGACUUAGCUGGUUGUAGGGCAGCUGCUUGUAAUACUUGACAUCCUGUGGUGACUGCAUACCCAAUGUGAUAUUGUCCCUGUUCAUCAGCAAAUCUUGACCCAUCCACAAAUAGUGUUUGGUCCGGGUUGAGUAAUGCAGCUUCAUAGACAGUUGGUAGGUGUGUAGUUUCCAUUUUCAUUUGUUCAAAACAAUCUUGGGUCAUUUGGUUCCAGGUUUUGGCCAUCGGGCCUAGGUCUUUCCAUGAGGUGUCGGGGGAUCUGGUGAGAGAUAUGUGUGGGAUAGCUGUUUCCCAAUGAUGAUAGAGAUGUGUUACAUUCUCUGGAAGAUGGACUAAGAUGAGCAUGGUACCUGCGGGGUCCCAGAAUAAGUCAGUCAGGGUAAUUUGAAUUUCUUUGAGCUGGAAUAGUUCUUCCUCAUAGUUCAUAUCAGGGCCUGGUACGUCCUUAAACCACAAGGUACAGUGAAGUAGGGCCUCUGAUUGUUCAUCAUGUGGAGGUGCAAGUGCAGGCAGCUGCAAAUCUGUUCGAACCUCUGGGUUGAUAUCCAGGCUAUACCAGUAAUGCACAACUCCCCCCUUUGGGAAGUGGCAGAAGAGUGGCUGGGUUCAGGGAAAGACAUCUCUGGAGUUUCACAUUGUCAGGUAGAAGUAAGGAGGUUUGCAGACGGAGGUGACGUUGGGAGGAAAGGUGUUUAGGUUGAACUUGUUGCAGGAUUGCAGUAAUGUCAUGAGGGGCCAACACUGUGAGGUGAUGGCCAAGAACAAAAUCAUUCGUCUUGUCUAGGAGGGCGCUGGCGGCAAACACCGCUCUGAGGCAAGAGGGGCUACCCCUCGCAACAGGGUUAAGCAUGCAGGAAAAAUAGCCAAUAGGUCGUUGCCGUGACCCAUGUUUCUGGGUAAGGACUCCGGAAGCAUGUCCUGACUUUUCAGAGACAAACAAAUUGAAAGGAAGUUGGUAGUUGGGUAGGCCCAAAGCAGGUGCAGAAGCAAUAGCUCUUUUCAGAUUGUGGAAACAGAUUCAGUGAGGUGAAAACUCCUGAGGGCAUCAUAGAGUGGCUGCAUGAGCUUUGAUGCUUCGGGUAUCCAGGACCUGCAAUAUGUGAUAAGACCCAAAAAGGCAUGAAGAGUCUGAUGUGUCGCAGGUAAAGGGAGUUGCAGAAUAGCUUGCACACGUUGAGAAGUUAGAUGUUUGGUGCCAUGGGAAAGGCAAUGUCCCAAGAAGACCACAGAGGGCCGGCACCAUUGUAGCUUUGAUUUUGAAGCUUUGCAACCGGCUGCAGCGAGGAAACAUAGGAGAUCUUCUGAGUCACGCUCUGCAGUGGGCAAAUCAGGAGCACAGAGAAGGAGAUCAUCAACAUAUUGAAGCAGGACAACAUCCAAAUGAGAUUUCUGCCAGGGAUCCAGAACCAGGGACAUGGCAUGAGCAAACUGUGUGGGGGAAUUCUGAGCCCCCUGAGGCAUAACAGUCCAGGUAUAUUGUUGUCCUUCAUGAGUGAAGGCGAAGAGAAAGCGGCAGGAAGGGUCAAGGGGGACACUGAAAAAGGCAUUAGCUAGAUCCACUACAGUGAAUAUUGUGGAAGUUGGUGGGACCUGGGACAAGAGGGUGUGAGGGUUUGGAACAAUAGCAGUGUCUUUUAUGGUUACUUCAUUAACAGCACGGAGGUCCUGCACCAUGCGGUACUGGUCGGGUUGACCCUUAACAGUUCGCUUUUUAACAGGGAAAAGUGGUGUGUUACAUGGAGAUGUGCACUUGAUGAGGGCACCUUUGGCAAGUAGGCUUUCAACUUGUUUGGUGAUGGCUUCAGCUUGUGCUGGCUUCAGAGGAUACUGUGGUCUACGAGGAGGUAGUGCUCCAGGCAGGAGCUGGACCAAGACUGGGGGUACAUGUAAGCGCCCAAUAUCAUCCGGGCCGGUGGACCAAAGUUCUUGGGGGAUACGAUCCAGAACACUGGGGGUGUGUGAGACCCGUGCAUUCCCUGUACUGUCAGUUAGGUUCAACAAGAUGGGGAGUGAGCAGAGGACAGAGGUAUCUUUUUGUGAUAAGGGGGUUGUCAACUCAACUUGACCAUCUGCAGUAAAGGUAAUAGAAGCCUGGAGCCGAGAGAGCACAUCAGCACCUAGGAGGUUAAUGGGGCAAGUAGAGGAAACAACAAACCGGGAGAGGAUGUGUGAUCCUACGUGUAGGAGCUUAGUAAGGGGGUUACUGCGUGGUGUACCAUCCACCCCAACACAGGAGACAUCGGUGUCAGAUAAGAAGGAAGGGUCUGGCAGGUCUUGUUCCCUAAGGACACUACGGGCUGCACCUGUGUCAACUAGAAAGGUGGUUGGGUGACCCUCCACGGGGAGAACUACAGUAGCUAAAGGCCCUCCCCCAUCCCCCGCAGACACUGCCAUGGCAGGGGUUGCUGACACAGGCUUGCCAGUUACCUAUUGUAAUAAAUCUAGAUGGGCCUGGUCUGGUCCCUGGUACCGGCGGGAAGUGGAAGGAGGGUUAGUAGAAUGCGUGGGAGGACGGGAUGGACGGAUGGCGUGGCGGGGUUGUGGCUGACUGUCUUGGAAAUCAUCGUUGUCAUACCCUUCAGCGGAGGGCGAAGUGUAUGCACGAGCUUCUGAUGCAGGGAGCCGGGCUUGGGUGUAUUCAGGAGGAGGAGGAGGUGGAGGAAGUUGAGGCAACUGUGGAUGGGGCAGGGCAGGGAGGUAACCAGUGGAGGGGAAGUUAUAGCCGGUGACAUGGGGACUUGGGUACCGGGGAGUCUGUUGGCAGAUCACUCUAGGGUGUGGGCAAUCUCUUCUAAAGUGACCUGGCUGAUUACAAUUAAAACAGGUCCGGAUUGUCGUGAUAGUCCGGUCCCGGGAGAAGGGAAUUGGUGCAGGCAGUGUCUGGGGUGACUGAGUGUACUGCUGGGGGAGUAACUGAGGAACUUGGUUAGAACCUGCAAUUGGUGUGGAGGUAGUGUACAUCAGAGGACUAGUUCUUCACUGUGUGGGUUGCAAAACAGAUUCUAAGCCUUUGGCUACCAACAAAAGAGUGUCCAGUGGAAUAAUUCUGUACUCUGGGCGAGCUAAAAUUAACCCCUUACGAAUGUGUUGCCUAAGGCCUGCCACAAAAGCUGCAGAUGGCAUCUGGGUGUGUGCUUUGUUAUAGGUGCUGAACCCUAAGUCUGAGAAAGUCUGAGUCAAUCUAGAGUGAUACUUUUCAACUGUUUCAAGUUUAUCCUGAAUUAUGUCAUUUAUGCAAGUAGCCUGAUCAGCUAGUUUAUCCUGUGCCCAGGCUCGAAGCUGUUCACAGAAAAUUUCACCAGAACGAAAAUCAGUAUCAGAAGUAAGUGGAGCGUCGUUAAAGCUCUGUUCCAUGAUUGGCCAGUAUGCAUCUCCAGCCUUUAUUUCACACAAACUAAUAAGAUCCCGCCAAGCAGCGGAGUAUGUUCUACGGAUCUGGGCCAUCCUGCGGAAAAAGGGCAUGGGGUGUUUCUCAGGAUCAGGGAGUGAGGUUACCAGGGUAGCAGCUUGGGAAGGGUUGAAGGUAACAUACAUGGGUGGUGCACCAUCCGCUCCAUGGUUAAUCUGGGCAUAACCCUGGGGGAUAGAGUGCCGUUGGGGGAGCCUGUUCCCCCCUAGGCGAGGUGAGCCCUGGUCCACCACAACGACCUCCUCGGGUGCCACCGGGCCGCGGUGAAGAGUAGUCUCAGGGGUAGCUGUGGCGGGGGCGGCAGGGAGGCCGGUGAUGGGAGAGGUAGUUGGAUGGAAACCCGAGGCCUGGGGGGAAGCGCCCAUUGCAUAGGGUUGGUCCGAUGUCACAGACACCUCGGACCCAACCACCAUGAUUGGAUAACUAGGACUGGCGGAAGGGACGUGAGGAAUCAAUGCCAUGGAAGGGGCUGCUAUGGGGGCCGGUUGAGAUGGGCGUGAGAGGUGAGUGUUUAGGACAUGAGCAAGAGCAGAGAUUGGAUCGGAAGGCUCGGGGAUGCUAGCGGGAGACAAGGAAGGGGUCGGAGGUUUGGGGGGAGGAGGUGGAGGAGGUGGUGGUAAAUCAGUGGGAGGCGGCACAGGGAUCGCGGAAUUAACCAGGGAGGUAACAGCAGAGAAGAGGGCGGAUAUCGAGCUAGACAGGUCAUUGGCCAUGGAUGGGUCAGGGGUCACCGGGGGAGGGGUCGGAGGGAUGGGAACAGGGGGCUGUGUCGUAACAACGUGGGUGGAGGGUUGGGACGGCAAACCAGUCGGGGGAGGAGGAGGCAACGAGGUAGAGGGGGCCGGGGCUUCGGGAGGAGGUAACACUGGAGAAGGGGUUGGAGGGGUGGUAACAGGGGGUUGGGUCAGGGCGGUGAGGGCAGAGAUUAGGGACGGCAAAUCGGCCGAGGGAGGAGGAGGCAACGAGGUAGAGGGGGCCGGGACUUCGGGAGGAGGUAACACUGGAGAAGGGGUUGGAGGGGUGGUAACAGGGGGUUGGGUCAGGGCGGUGAGGGCAGAGAUUAGGGACGGCAAAUCGGCCGAGGGAGGAGGAGACAACGAGGUAGAGGGGGCCGGGACUUCGGGAGGAGGAGGUAACACUGGAGAAGGGGUCGGAGGGGUGGUAACGGGGGUUGGGUCAGGGCGGUGAGGGCAGAGAUUAGGGACGGCAAAUCGGCCGAGGGAGGAGGAGGCAACGAGGUAGAGGGGGCCGGGACUUCGGGAGGAGGUAACACUGGAGAAGGGGUUGGAGGGGUGGUAACAGGGGGCUGGGUCAGGGCGGUGAGGGCAGAGAUUAGGGACGGCAAAUCGGCCGAGGGGGGAGGAGGCAACGAGGUAGAGGGGGCCGGGACUUCGGGAGGAGGUAACACUGUGUGGAUAGCGGGAGGGUCCUGGAGGAUGGGAGUGGUGUCUGUGCAUAAGGGAGCAGAGGCAAGGGGACCGGGAUUAACGGGCUGGACAAGAUUCAUGAGAGUGGAGAGUAGGGAUGAGGGAUCCUUGGAGGAGAAGGGUGAAGGGGAAUGAGAAGGAGGGAAGGGCAGAGAGGGUGAAGGGGUAGGGGUCACGGGACAGGUCACUUUCGAAAGGCUAGCGAGAAAAGAGGAAAGGUCUGGGUCUGGGGGUAUGGGAGAAGGAGGGUCCGUGGGGGGACAGGGGUCCGGAGGAACGGGGUCGGUGGAAUGGGCAAGGGUCGGGGGAGUUGGGUGUGUAACAGACGAGGAGGGUGAGAGAGCGGGUGUUGCUAGGGAUGGGGUACUCGAGGUGGAGAGGGAAUGAGAGGAGGAAGAGGAGGGAACUUUGGUGGGUGAGGCGGGAGUAGUUAGGACGGGAUCUUGACGAGGAUUCGGAGUGGGAACAGGCACUGGGAGAGGUAGCGGAGGACAUGGAGGGGGGGGACUUCAACAGACAUGACGGGAGAAUGGUUGAUGGAGGGGGCUGGGUCAUAGGAGGGCUGGUGCAUGGGAGUGGGUGGGAACGAGUGAAGUGGCACUGGGUAAUAGUAAGCACCAUCCGCACCGAGUACGGGGCACAGGGGGGUAGGAGCUGAAGGCACACCCCUGGGGGGUGGGGUCUGUGCUGUGACGGGGGAAGCAGGGCGGGAAUUUACUAUUGUGCUCUGGGCGCCAUCAUAGGGCGGUGGUCGCGGGACAAUGGAAACAACAUCAUCAUUGUUAACACUCCUAUGGUAAACAUACACGAUUUGCCCCUCAAACUCCAACUCUUCCUCGACCCAUCCUUCCCGUUUCAGACCUCUAGCUACCCGAUACCAAGCCUCUGCAACCUUUGUGAGUCCAUUAUCCAACAACAACCCUUCCUUGUCUAUGAGUAACUUCCUCCAAAACUCAGGCUGCAAUCUCCCACUGGGCGACAUCUGAAAGCCACACACCUUAGCAAUCUUUCUAAGUUUCAACAUUGCAUCUUCCCCUGCCCUUUCUUUCACAGUGUCACAAGCCAGCAAGCCCUUAGCAGGUCUAGCAUGUUCCUGUCCCAUCUUGAGUAAUCGAAGCGUGCCACGUGCUAAAGACAGAUAAAUAGAGGAGGUACAAGGGAGAAGGAAAAAGAAUGUCUACAGUGCUCAACUGCCACGAGAACUUGAGCCCCGUGCGUCUUCCCCAAACGUAGACCAGUCACGGAGAUCCGCCCACCCGGGGUGGUGGUCACGGACGGGAGCGAGUGAGUGUGGGUGACUAACACAGCUCUGGGCAACAGGCACAGGAGAGAUAAAGAACAAAGGAGAAAAUGAACGUGGCUGUGCUAAUGAGAAGACAUUUGCAAAAAUCACAAACAUAUAAAUGAGCGUAAACUCCGGAAUCCAGAACUAACCACACAAUACACACACACACACCAAGGGUACCCACACUGUAACAACAAUUAAACAAAAACCACAGAAUGAUAGAGAGUAAAAUGGCCAUGUACAUGUUAACACCACUGGUGCCAAAUAUUCAAAGUAUAGCAAUCCCCAGCCGUCACCCACCAGGCUGGUCCCGGUAUAACACAGGUACCAAUGAAAACACUGCAAUGAUCAAACAAAAUCCCAGCCCCACCGGCUGUAACGCGUUCCCUGCCCGCUAGGCAGUCAAGCUAACAUAAAAUCCCAGCCCCACCGGCUGUAAUGCGUUCCCUGCCCGCUAGGCAGUCAAGCUAACAUAAAAUCCCAGCAACACCGGCUGUAUUGCGUUCCCUGCCCGCUAGGCAGUCAAGCUAACAUAAAAUCCCAGCCCCACCGGCUGUAAUGCGUUCCCUGCCCGCCAGGCAGUCAAGCUAACAUAAAAUCCCAGCCCCACCGGCUGUAAUGCGUUCCCUGCCCGCUAGGCAGUCAAGCUAACAUAUCUUAAAAGAAGGAGAAACACACACACACACAAAUGAAUACAGGAGGCAGAUAGACAAUCGACAGGUUCACUUUAAAAAAAGGCACACCGGAUGAGUUAAUUACCUGUCUCUAGUAGCCUUCUGGAAGCCGGAAGUGGACUCGGAGACAGACCGACACAAAACAGGAGAAUAACACAGGCAACGGCUGUAUUAUGGAGGUGAUCAGGCUCCGCUUGUCCCACUUUCCGGAGGUCCGCUCCGGUCCGUUGGUUCCGGCCCUCCGAACCGGCCCUCCGGUGGCCCCACGUUGGGCGCCAAUUGAAAUGGAAAAAUCAAUCAAAGUAUUGAUUAUUUCUUUGUGUAUCUGCCCCUGGCCAAAUCAAUGAAACAAUGCGUGCACGCUCCCUGAAGUAAUUCACACCAGACACAGGUUCCAGGUUGUUGAAUAACUUGAGGAAUGUUUAUUCAGAGGGGACGGCAGGUCCCUUUUAAAGCAAAAUUACAUCAUAAGCAUUGUCAGAGAUAACAUGGAAUUAUACAUCAAUAAUUGGUUAGGUGUUAAGUGGUCGCUCUAAUGCUCUGCCUACUGUAGGUGAUGUCACCGGGGCCAUGAGGGUCUCCCACGGUUUCCCGGCGCCAUCUUGCUGCACGAGGUAGUUAGUUGGUGUUAAGAAGGGAAGGGGGGGGAGGAGGGGUUAGAAGCUUCUAGCAGCCAUUUUGAUUAAAACAUGUGUGCUUAGCUUUAUAUAUGAUAUAUCGUGGAAUGAGUAAAUAGACAUUUUCAUUAACUAGGAAAUAUGUGCAGACCUUAUUUCCACAACAUUUUUCUUGUGUGAAAUUGACCGACCGCACAGCCCAAAUCUGUUUUGGGCAGGAAAAUGUGGUCGGUCAGAAAAGGACUCCCAACUAACUUUUGAACUACUGGAGGGAUUUGUAUGAUUUUUAAUUAUGUAUAUAUUUCAAGUGUGCUGAUUCUGAAAAUGUAUGUUUUAUGUGAAUGGCAUGUAUAUUUUGGAAGAUAUUAAUAUUUUGUAAAAACUGUAUAUUUUCUGCCUGUGAUAAUUAAGUUUAGUCUAUUGUGUUGAGAUAAUUGUAUCACAGGCAGAGGGGAGGAUUUCUGAUGUCAUAAAUGGGAGUGUUUAGCUGUGUUGUAACAUAUUGAUUGGUUGUUCUUCAAAACCCUGUGGGCAGUCCUUUUUGUGUAAGGAUGUGCAUAAAAGCAGAGUGUUUGAUUAAAAGUUUCAGUUCUGCUCCUGAUACUGUGUGUCGUUCAGUCAUUGGGAAAGGUGAUGGGAUAUUAUUGGAUUGUCUUUCUGAUGGUGCCUGCUACUCUAUGGGAUUUACUACUUGUUCCUGAGCCACACCUGGACUACCAGCGGAAAUAGUCUGUGAGAGACCGGCGUUCCGCUACACUUGCUAAUUAAGUUCUCAGGUCCCCCAAUAUAUACUUAAUAAAAAACUUAUGUAUAAAUAAUAUAGAAAUUACAUUUAGACUCAAAUUUAUAUAUAUAUAUAUAUAUAUAUAUAUAUAUAUAUAUAUAUAUAUAUAUAUAUAUAUAUAUAUAUAUAUAUAUAUAUUUCAUUCUAAGAGUAUUUUGAUAGAAAUAUAGAUAGAUAAUGUAAGUGUAAGGGUAUUUUGAGAUUAUUUUAUAUAUAUAUAUAUAUAUAUAUAUAUAUAUAAAAACUAGGAAUUUUUUAUUAAUAAUGUAUAUAUAAUAAUUUUAUUUUUAUAGAUUAUGUUUUCGGGGUACAGCCUGACAACUCAAAUGCCAUGGUAAGUAAGUAUACAAGGCCGGGGGAAGGAUGGGGGGGUGGGGUAGACGAUUGGUAGGGCAUUAUGACAUAGAUCGUUCGCUGUCUGUAAGGGGUUGAUAGAUCCAAACCAAUAAAUGGCUUAUAAACUUCUGAUAAAGAACAUUUGCUAUAAUUGAAUUAAGGCAAAAGUUAGGAACAAACCACAUGGCAGUAAAACUCAUAGUACGGUGCACUGUUUUUGAAUGUAGAAGAGUGAUUCAGACACAAAAACAUUCACCGUAAUAUCAUGCCUUCCAACUGCCACACCUUUGGUGGGACAGUUUGAAUUUUGUGUUCCUGUCCUGCUUUAGUUCCCUUGUGUUCUGCAUUCAAACUGGUCCCUGGGCACCAGAGUGCAAGUGCAUCAUUAAAUGCGCUUGUGCAGGCACUAGGACCAAGCAGCACUCCUUGCAUGGUCCUCUACUUAGGGAAGCUGUCUGGGAGGCUUUCUGUGAAUCUGGAGUGCUUGAUCCCGGGCUCACAUGCCCAUUUCAGGGUUGUCACCAGUGAUACAAUUUCUGUCAGUGAUGCUCCCUGAGAAAGCCCUGUCCAGAUUCCUGACACCUCACUCAUUAUAGAACUUUGCAACAAAACUUGUGUAGCAGUAACUGUGUAGUAAAAAUGUGUAUGAGUAUAUCUGAGAACUCAAACAGGAGUUUGUAGUGUGUAGGUAUAUCACAGAUAAAAGAUAAAGAUAGAGGAGUGCAAAUACAAAUGUAUAUGGUAUACUUAGAGACACUGGUCAGUCCUUUAAAUGUAACCUAUAUACAAAGAGAUCCAAACAUAGCAUAAUACUGUUUGACCAAAUAAUAUAGUAAAUAAAUGUGGAUUUUCACUCAUACUUUGCAGAGCCACAUAUAGUAGGCUCCGACUAUAGUUGCUCUUUAAUAAUUCCCUGGUAUGCUGAACUCCACCACGUCUCCAGGAUUCUCCACUUGUGUCAGGAUACAGGAGAUGUAAUAAUUCCAAUAAAGAGUGGGGAUACUUUUCAAAAUUUAAUAGUGUUCACAAAUAUACAGGGACAUAUAUAAAGUGCAUAAAACAAGAUAGCAGCACUAAAUGUACAAAGACAUAUAUAAAGUGCAUAAAAAAGAAUAGCAACACUAACGCGUUUCGACUAAAAUAAAGUCUUUUUCAAAGUGCAUAAGACAGUAAUCACCAUGUUGAAUAUUUAUAUCCUCUCUAAUGUUCAAAUUUGGCGCCCAAACAUCUCCGUCGUGAUGUCCUCCUCCUACUUCCUGGUUCCGGCGGGCGGCUUCCACGUUCCCGCCCUCUUUCACGUCACGUUGCGUCUGACGUCAGACCUUUUCGCCGAUCCGGAAGUACUUCAUAUUAGGUCACUGAAGUUAUCGCAGCCAUAUUUGAACAGUCUUAGAUUGUAUAAUUUACAUGGGAAUGUCCUGGCAAUGUAUAUUCUUCAAAUAGAGGUUCCUCUUAUCCUUAAACUUACUACAUUUGUAAUCAUUAUAACAAUACACUUGUAUGUCCAAAAUAAUUUUAUAUAUAGAAAUCUAAUUAAUAACAUGUUAUAUAAAAUAAAAUAAAGAAGGUAAAAAGAACGGAGAGGGAAAGAGAUUUAAAGAGAGAGAGAUAUUAUCAAUCUAAAACCUGUAAAAACAAUAUAAUAAAAAAGGUAUAUAUUAUUAAAAAUAUAUAUUUUUAUAAGGUCUCAACAUGGAUUUUGAGAUGAGUGUACUUAUUUAACAUUUUUAAGGUUAUAAAUAUAUAUAUUUUUAAUAAUAUAUACCUUUUUAAAUAAUAUAUACCUUGGAAGCCGCCCGCCGGAACCAGGAAGUAGGAGGAGGACAUCACGAUGGAGAUGUUUGGGCGCCAAAUUUGAACAUUAGAGAGGAUAUAAAUAUUCAACAUGGUGAUUACUGUCUUAUGCACUUUGAAAAAGACUUUAUUUUAGUCGAAACGCGUUAGUGUUGCUAUUCUUUUUUUAUGCACUUUAUAUAUGUCUUUGUACAUUUAGUGCUGCUAUCUUGUUUUAUGCACUUUAUAUAUGUCCCUGUAUAUUUGUGAACACUAUUAAAUUUUGAAAAGUAUCCCCACUCUUUAUUGGAAUUAUUACAUCUCCUGUAUCCUGACACAAGUGGAGAAUCCUGGAGACGUGGUGGAGUUCAGCAUACCAGGGAAUUAUUAAAGAGCAACUAUAGUCAGAGCCUACUAUAUGUGGCUCUGCAAAGUGUGAGUGAAAAUCCACAUUUAUUUACUAUAUUAUUUGGUCAAACAGUAUUAUGCUAUGUUUGGAUCUCUUUCUAUAUAGGUUACAUUUAAAGGACUGACCAGUGUCUCUAAGUAUACCAUAUACAUUUGAAUUUGCACUCCUCUAUCUUUAUCUUUUACUUGUGUUUUUUAAGUGGUUUUAAAACACUGUGGAGUUGCACUGAUAUUUCCGCUACCACCCCCACACUUGUGUGUUUUGCACUUUAUUGUGUAAGUUUGUUUUGUAAGGUAUAUCACAGAGUUGAACCGAAAUACAAUUUACAGUAUUAUACAAUGUGUGAAAGCCCCUCUCUCCUUUCACCGGAGGUGUCCCAAAGUGUUUGAAAAUUUUGUGGAAACUGACAUGUGUACAGCUGCCACUAACUGCUCAUCGUUUAGUAGAUAUCCCUCAACCUGCAGCAUGUUGGGUGGGGGCUAAAAGAUAAUUUUAUCAACCUUAUAUUGAUAUAUGGCUCAUAUUGUAUUUUUACUUUUAGCGUGGCUGCUGGCUAGCAAGAGCUUGCCUUCUGCUACACACUCUCACACUGCCACGGAUUUCUUUUUUAACUGUUUGCCUGCUGGCUGCUAGCACUGCCAGGUGGAAUGUUUACAAUGUGGGUUUAAAUUUUAACAAUCUGGUCCUGCAUUUUUAGCCUUCAGAUCCAGAUUUCAGCUGUUUAGUUACAUCUUAAAUCCGGUGGACAUUCCCGUCUAUUUGAAUGCUGCUCUACAGAAUCUGGACUUUUCUGGACAAUCUUGUCUAUUGUGUCUAGAUGUUGUGCCUAAAUACCCCCUGAUAGAUCCAAUACUCUUGGGGCAUUUAGACUUUAAUGAAUAACCCUGCUUUACUUCUUGUCUUACUAGAAAACAAUUUAAAUUAAGCUUCUUGUUAAUACCCCAUUAACACAUUCUCACUAUUCUAAUCAUUACAGUGCAAACCAUGUAGUUUUUAUUAAAGAGACAUAUGAGUACAUCUCUUUUUCAGAACUACUGGAUAACAUGGAAAAUAGACUGUGCUGCAGCUAAGCUGAUUCUUUUUUCUGUUUUAAAAAUAGAAAGUGCAGAGUGCAGUGCAUCCCUUCCCCCAAUGAGUGUCCAAUGCACCAGCCUUGUGUUAGUGAAAAGAUUUUAGUGUUGUUGACAUAGAGUACAAUCAUUCUUUUAUCGGAAUGCCAAGGAGGAAAUGCAUGCAGAAUCACCCUUGGGAACGUUGUUGAUCCAAUGAAGGGAGAGAUCACUAUAACGCAGAACAGUAAGCAUGUCUGUAAAUGCUGCAACACAGGACAGUCACAAGAGGAAAAGAAGCCUAGACACUCCAGAAAAGUAUCCUGCAAAGCGUAGAGCAAACUGGGGCAUUCUUACUAACCAAGGUCAGUAGAAUUCCACUCUGUGCGAGGCCUGUAAGCUAUUUAUAUUGGCUAUGAAAUCAGAUUGUAUAGUGGGAGUCCUAUGCUUCUAACCGUAAAGGAGCUAUGCUUAUGUGCCCUAUUUGAUGAUUCAAAGUCAAGUUGCUUUAUAAAUAAUGCAUCAUUUUAAAAUGGUAGUCGCUGCGUCCUAUAAAAUCACCUGAAAUUCCCAGAUGACAUCAGACACUGCAAUUAUUGAAAGGCAAAUGCAGAAAGAGGUAUAAUAUCACUCUCUCUUUAUGCAUAGAUUGUAAGUUCUUACGACAAAGAUUCUCACUGGGUUUUUUUUCUGCUGCUGCUGCUGAACUUUUCAAUAAUAACCCAAUAUUUUACGUUUUCCUUGUUAUCACACUCCUCAUACAUCUGUUGGUUGUUUUUUUUUUGUGUGUGUUUUUUCUUUUUUUUUUUUAUGCAAUGAUAAAAGAUUCCUCAAAUCAGAGACUGUAGAAAUUGGUAAUGGAGGUAUACAGGGGCGGACUGAGAACCCUCAGGGCCCCCGGGCAAAAUAAAUCAAGGGCCCCCUUACAGGCCCCACCCAUGCUCCACAGCAAGCCCCACCCUUGUUCCGCCUCCAGCCACACCGUGCACAAUCUUUAGACACAAGGAACAAAAGUGCAAUAAUCCCCUUGAGGCCCCAGUAGAGACUACAAUUGAGGGCUAAUGGGUCAUGGAGGGGGGUCUUUCUAGCAGAGGCUAUCUCGGUGUCCUUUAUAGAGUGUGUUAGAAAGAAUCCCCUCCAGGCCCCUUUAGAGACUACAAUGGAGUCUAAUAGGCUUGGAAGGGGGUCUUUCUAACAGAGGCCAUCUCAGCGUCCAUUAGAUAGCCUCUGCUGGAAACAGUCGCCUCCAGGCCCCAGUAGAGACUACAAUUGAGGGCUAAUGGGCCAUGGAGGGGGGGUCAUUCUAGCAGAGGCUAUCUCAGUGUCCUUUAGAGAGUGUGUUAGAAAGAAUCUCCUCCAGGCCCCAUUAGAGACUACAAUGGAGUCUAAUGGGGCCUGGAGGGGGGUCUCUCCAACACUCUGGUUCCUAGUCACAAUAUAGCAACACAACAUAGCUCGCUGAUACCUAGGCCAAGUUGGCUCCUCUUACCUUAAUUGCUGUUGCUGGCUGGCAGUCUGUGGGCUUGCUGGAAGGAUGUGGGCUUGCUGGCUGCGGCUGGCAAGCUGUGGCUUCCUGGCAGGCUGUGGGCUUGCUGGCUACUGCAGGCGGGCUGUGGACUUGCUGGCUACUGCCGGCGGGCUGUGGGUUUGCUGGCUGCAGCUGGCAGGCUGUGGCUUGCUGGCUGAGGCUGGCAGGCUCUGGGCUUGCUGGCUGUAAGCCUGUGGCUUGCUGUAGGUCUGUGGGCUGGCUGCUGGCCUGGCUGGCCUGUGGGCUGGCUGGUGGCCUGUGGGCUGGCUGGCCAGGCUACUGGGGCACUUGUAGAUUAUUUAAAGAAAUAAUCCAUGCACAAUAACCACUGCUGCUCUGUUUAGUGGAUAUGGUGCCAGGAGGGCCAGGAUCCUCUCCCAGAGUAAGUAGUCAAACCGUUUAAGAACAGUUUGAAAACUUACUUGGGGUCUGCUGGGAUAUGGGGCUGUAGUAGGGUAUAGGAGCAGUGGUGCAAUGUGUGAGGGGUGCAGUGUCUGUGUGAAAGGUUCAAUGUGUGUGUGUGUGGGGGGUGUAGUGUGUGAAUGUGUAGGGUGUCUGGGGCAAUGUGUGUAUGGGGGGGCUGUGUAUAUGUGUGGCAAUGUUAGUAUGGGGGUCUUUGUAUGGGGGUCUGUGUGUGUAUGGGUGGGCAGUGUAAGUGUGUGUGUGAGGGCAGUGUGUGUGUGUGUGGGGGGGGCAGUGUGUGAAUAUGUAGGGUGUGUGUGUGUGGGGGCAGUGAGUGUAUUGCGCUAGAGUUCACUCUCACUACUGCGACCACCAGGAAUCCCUGGUGGUCGCAGUGUUGAGAGUGAACUUUAGCCGAUAGCUCCAGGGCUAGAGGUCACUCUCGCAAGAGCCGAAGCGUUGCCGUGGUAAUCGCGGCAACGCUCUGUGCUUGCGCGAGAAGGAACCAGAGGAGCUGCAGGCUGAGCUCCCGGGUCCUCUCUUCCUCCCUCCCCUGUCGGCUGCCCGCACGGUGCCUGCAGACCGGGGAGAAAGAUCGGCCGGGGGAUGGGGUGAUCCACCAGUGAUAUAUACAGCCCCUCUGUGUGCCUUUUUGUCUCCCCCUCUGUCUCUUUCUCCCUCCUUUCUCUGUGUCACUCUCUCUCCCCCUCUGUCUCUUUCUCCCUCCUCUCUCUGUGUCACUCUCUCUCCCCCUCUGUCUCUUUCUCCCUCCUUUCUCUGUGUCACUCUCUCUGCCCCCUCCCAUUUGCCGACAGAAAUCAGGGGGGCCGGCCGCAUUCCAGGCUGGAGCCGCCGGGCCGGGUGGCAGCCUCGCUGAUCCGGCGGCACUCCUGUCCUGUCACUAACGGUGAGGACGGAAGGAGGGAGGAGCAUGUCUCUCCCUCAUGCUCCCUUACAGUUCCCACAUCCUGUGCUGGGAAUUGUGGGAACCGAAAGGGAGCAUGAGGGAGAGACAUGCUCCUCCAGCCCCCGCAGAGUGUGCCACCGGACCGGACACCCGGUGGCACCUUCUUCCGCAGUCCCCAGAUGCCGCCCCCAAUCCAGCCCUGCCGCCAGGCCCCCUGAUGGCCCUGGCGGCGGGCCCCCUCCCGGCCGGGCCCUCGGACCAUGUCCGAAGUGCCCGACCGGUCAGUCCGCCCCUGGAGGUAUAGAAAUCAGUAUGGUAAGCGAGAAUCCAGUGUAGAAAUAUAUUGUUAAUAUGCCACCAGUAAAAUAAUGUGGAACAAGCCGCAAAGAAUAACCACAAAUGGGAAAGAUCAGUGUUUAUAAAUAAAUUACCUUCUGAUGGAGGGGAAGAUUGGCAGUGUAUGGCUGGCAACUUGUGGCCUGGGAGGGGAAAAUAACUUUUCAGUGGCCCAUAGUGCAAUUUUACCAACCUACCUGUUAACAUCAGUGAUAUACAUGAGCAUACAAACAAAAUAGAUGUGUUGAUAGAUACACAAGAUAAUUGAAUAGAAAAUUAAAGUGCAUUUAGAUGUGAAAAGUGGUUAAAGAGCAGCGCAGGGAGCAGUUACCCUGCCUAUUUGACACUUGGACAUCCUUAAUCAAUAAGGGAGACCUCCCCAACCUGGAAAGCAUUUAGUAAAAGGAAUACUGAAGGAUUUUCCAGCAAGGGAAUGCUAUUAAUGCAUUACAUAGAAACAUAGAAUGUGACGGCAGAUGAGAACCAUUCAGCCCAUCUAGUCUGCCCAAUUUUCUAAAUACUUUAAUUAGUCCCUGGCCUUAUCUUAUAUCUAGCUUAGCCUUAUUCCUAUCCCACGCAUGCUUAAACUCCUUUACUGUGUUAACCUCUACCACUUCAGCUGGAAGGCUAUUCCAUGCAUCCACUACCCUCUCAGUAAAGUAAUACUUCCUGAUUUUAUUUUUAAACCUUUGCCCCUCUAAUUUAAGACUAUGUCCUCUUGUUGUGGUAGUUUUUCUUCUUUUAAAUAUAGUCUCCUCCUACUGUGUUGAUUCCCUAUAUGUAUUUAAAUGUUUCUAUCAUAUCCCCCCUGUCUCGUCUUUCCUCCAAGCUAUACAUGUUAAGAUCCUUUAACCUUUCCUUGUACGUUUUAUCCUGCAAUCCAUUAACUAGUUUAGUAGCCCUUCUCUGAACUCUCUCUAAAGUAUCAAUAUCCUUCUGGAGAUACGGUCUCCAGUACUGCGUAAAAUACUCCAAGUGAGGUCUCACCAGUGUUCUGUACUAUGGCAUGAGCACUUCCCUCUUUCCAAUGCUAAUACCUCUCCCUAUACAACCAAGCAUUCUGCUAGCAUUUCCUGCUGCUCUAUUACAUUGUCUGACUACCUUUAAGUCGUCAGAAAUAAUCACCCCUAAUUCCCUUUCCUCAGAUGUUGAGGUUAGGACUCUAUCAAAUAUUCUGUACUCUGCCCUUGGGUUUUUACGUCCAAGAUGCAUUAUCUUGCACUUAUCCACAUAAUGUCAGUUGCCACAACUCUGACCAUUUUUCUAGUUUACCUAAAUCAUUUGGCUUAUCCCUCCUGGAACAUCAACCCUGUUACAUAUCUUAGUAUCAUCAGCAAAAAGAUAUACGUUACCAUUAAGACGUUCUGCAAUAUCACUGAUAAAAACAUUAAAGAGAAUGGGUCCAAGUACUCAUUGGUGACAAGGUACCCCACUGGUGACAAGCCCAUGCUUUGAAUAUACUCCAUUGACUACAACCCUCUGUUGCCUGUCACUCAGCCACUGCCUUAUCCAUUCAACAAUAUUGGAAUCCAAACUUAAAGAUUGCAGUUUAUUGAUAAGCCUUCUAUGUGCAACAGUGUCAAAAGCCUUACUGAAAUAUAGUUAGGCAAUGUCUACUGCACCACCCUGAUCUAUUAUUUUAGUUACCCAAUCAAAAAAAAUCAAUGAGAUUAGUUUGGCACGAUCUCCCUGAAGUAAACCCAUGUUGUCUCUGAUCUUGAAGUCCAUGUGAUUUUAGAUGUUCAACAAUCCUAUCCUUUAACAUGGUUUCCAUUACUUUCCCCACAACUGAAGUAAGGCAUACCUUUCUUGUGAAUGGGCACAACAUUCGCUAACUUCCAAUCUUCUGGGACUACUCCUGUUAACAAUGAUUGGUUAAAAAAAUAUGUUAAUGGUUUUGCUAGUACACCACUAAGCUCUUUUAAUAACUUUGGGUGUAUUCCAUCAGGUCCCAUUGACUUAUUUGUCUUUACUUUUGACAGUUGAAAUAGAACCUCUUCCUCUGUAAACUCACAUGUAACAAAUUACUCAUUUGUCCUUUUUCCUAACUGAGGCCCCUUUCCUUCAUUUUCAUCUGUAAAUACUGAACAAAAAUAUUCACUGAGGCAGUCAGCUAGACCUUUAUCCUCUUCUACAUACCUUCCUUCUUUUGUUUUUAAUCUAACUAAUCCUUGUUUUACUUUCCUUUUCUCAUUUAUGUAUCUAAAAAAUGUUUUGUCCCCUUUUUUUACUGACUGUGCUAUUUUCUCUUCUGUGUGUGAUUUGGAAGCUCUUAUAACUUGCUGAGCCUCUUUCUGCCUAAUCUUUUAGAUCAUUCUGUCUUCCUCACUUUUUUUAUAAUUACCAAAUGCUAACGUUUUGUUUUUUACUAUUCUGGCCACAUCUGCAUUAAAUGCAUAAACCUUGUAUAUCAUGUCAAUUAUCAGUAAGUGCAAAAACAUGUUAAUGAGCAAUAAAUACAUACACUUGAUAUAUCAUGCCAAUGAAAAUGUAAAUGGUAUAUAGCAUGCCAAGUAACAUUAAAUGCAUAAACUUGGUAUAUCAUGCCAAUGAAGAUUAAAUAUAUAAAACCUAUCAUGCCAAAAACUUUGUGUAUCAUGCCAAUGAGCCAUAUGUGCCUCCAAAAAGCCUGCUAGUGCCAUCUGUGCCCCCAAACAACAUGCCAGUGCCAUCUCCCUGCCACCAACCUGUGCCAUCUUUCCACUCCUGGCCUCUCUCUAACAUCUUUCUGCUCAUAGUCUCUGUGUGCCAUCUCUCUGACUCCAGCCUUUCUGUGACAUCUUACUGUCCCCAGCAUCUCUGCGUUGUUCUGCUUUUACUUGUAUGUCCCACAGUGUGCCGGUGAGCGUAAAGAUGCCGAAUGUCAGCCCUGCAGACUUUACAGGUCCACUUUAGGCAAUGUCUCUAGUGGCUGAGUGAAAACCAUUUUAAAUGUCCUUCGCACUAUGUUAGAUAGCCACUAGUGGUGGCGUUAACUCUGCAAUGUAAUUAUUGCUAAUUAUCAAUAACUGCAAUGAUUACAAUUGCAAGGUUAAAAGGAUAGGGGCACUGCACCCAGACCACUUCAAUGAACUGAAGUGGUCUGGGUGCCUAUAGUGUCACUUUAAUUAAGUGGUUAUGGUACUCUAGCCCUGCCAUUUUUCACCCGCAAUGUAAAACAAUGCUGUUUCAGAGCUGUACACCCCCAUUCACUACAAGUCACUACAGUGGAAUCAUGAUUUAAAAAAAAAAUUUUUUGUGUAUUGUGGCACCCUUGCUUGGCCUGUUAAAACCAGGACGUUCAGGAAGUAAAUAAAAAAAGGUGAGUGUUUAACCCUGUUUGUUUAACGAGUUUGUUUUCCUGGCACUAUAGUGGUCCUUCAAGUAUGACCAGCAAUUUAGGCAGAAAAUGGCGGUACGGCUGCACCUGGAUUUUGGAAAGCAGGAUGGCAACCUUCGGUUGCUUUUAAUGACUCCCUGUCAUCCAUCGACAUCGUCCUUUCCUUUGGCCGCCAUCACUUCUGGAGGAACGAGAGCCACUGCAGAUAGUACCGCACUUGUCGGUUUAAGCAUGAGUGCUCUCACUGUGGCGGGGCUCACUCAGCGGUUAGAUGUUUUAGGAGAGGGAAGCCCCUCCUUAGGGCGGCAUCAAAGGAUGACGUUCCUCGGGGGAGGACCCCAGUGAGGGUUGGAAAGACUAUUGCCGUGGCUUGCACGGUAUCCCAGGCGUGAAGGUUUUGCCAAGGGUUUUCGGAUUCCAUUUGCUCCAUCGGGGGAGGCAUCGCUUGCACACAAUUUGUCCUCUGUCCGGGAUAAGGAAGGGGUGUUGGCAGCUAAGCUGAGAAAAGAAGUGGUGAUGGGGUGGAUGGCGGGUCCUUUUUCCAAUCCUCCGUUUGAUACUUUGCGGGUGUACCCUUUGGGCCUGAUUCCUAAGAAGGAACCAGAGGCAUUUCGGCUUAUUCAUCACCUGUCCUUUCCAUCGGGGUCCUCGGUUAAUGACGGGAUAUCGAUAGUCGGUACCGAUACGCUUCGUUUGAUCGGGCUCUGGAUCUCGUUCGGAAAGCAGGGCCAGGUGCCCUGAUGGCUAAGUCGGACAUUCAGUCAGCUUUUUGGUUGCUGCCAUUUCACCUUACCUGUUUUCAUUUGUUGGGGUGUCAGAUUUUUUUCUAUGACAUGUGUCUUCCCAUGGGUUGCUCGAUUUCUUGUUUUUAUUUUGAAGUUUUUUGUUCUUUGUUGGAAUGGAUCGUGGUGCGGGUGACAGGCUUCUCUUCCCUCCUGCACUAGCUAGACGACUUCUUGUUUGUUGGUCCGGCGCAUUCUUCACGGUAUGAGGAUUUGUUGGGAGAAUUUAAGGCGGUAAUGCUAGAUUUGGGGGUUCCAGUGGCAGAGGACAAGACGGAGGGCUCAAGGGCGAUGAUUUCCUUCCUGGGUAUUGAGAUUAACUCCAUCAGCUUGGUUUUUCAUUUGCCUGUGGACAAAUUGAGGAUUCUUACCACCAUGUUUGAUUAGGUGAGGGGUGCUCGAAAAGUGAAGCUUCGGCAGAUGCAACCUCUGGGCCAUCUAAACUUUCCUUGUCAGAUCAAUGCUAUGGGUCGGGCGUUUUGUAGGCGUCUGUCUCUUGCUACUGUCGGCAUUAGUCUCCCCACGGCUUAAGGAUGAUUUGAGGGUUUGGAGCAAGUUCCUAGUGGUGUACAAUGGUCAGAGGUUUUGGCAACAGGAAGCGAUAUCAAAUAUGGCCCUUGAGUUGUUCCCAGAUGCCUAGGGCUCCUUGGGCCUCGGUGCGUUUUAUCGGGGUCGUUCGGUGUGCAGAGCCUUGGUCAACAGCAUGGCAUGAGGCGAAACUGAUACGGAACCUGACUUUUCUCUAUUGUGCUAGUGGUGGAAUUGUGGGGGAGGAGCUCACAAACAGGCAGGUGGUUUUCCGCACGGAUAACAUGAUUGUGGUCCGUGUGGUGAAUCAAUUAUCGUCGGGUUCGAUUCCAGUUUUGGUUCUGUUGCGUCGGUUGGUGCUGCGUUGUCUGGAGUUUCGGGCAAUACAUGUUCCCGGGGUGUCUAAUGUUAUUGCUGAUUCUCUUUCUCGCUUUAAGUGGGAUCGUUUUCGGGAAGUCGCUUUGGGAGCCGAGGACGAUGGUCUGGUAUGUCCCACGUGCUUGUGGAACCUCAAUUUCAGAACCUAGCAGACCUGUUUGGGAGAUUGCUGGCUCCCGCAUUGUGGACAGCCUAUCGGGCAGUGUGGAAGUGGUGGCUGGACUAUGCAGGAGAGUUCGGUUUGUAUUCCACUGAGGGUAGGUUACUGUCUACAUUGGCUUACCUGUCGACUUUACGGGAGCGCGCAUCGUCCGUGGCGUCGGUGGAACGCAGUUUAGUGGCUCUUUCCUUUCUGAUGCGUUGUAUGGGGUGGGAGGAAGUUUCCAAAGACUUCGUGGUUCAGAGGGUGCUUCGGGGGUGGAGGAGGGAGCCGGUUCCGGAUUGUAGGCGGCCGGUGUCCGUCCACCUGUUGGAUGCACUCUGUGGUGUUCUCUCGUUGGUGUGCUUCUCUGCCUUCGAGUCACUGCUGUUUCGGGUAGCCUUUUCUCUGUGUUUUUACGCUGCGCUGCGGAUAAGAGAGUUGUCAGCUAGGGCCCAGGCAUCUCUCCGGAGGGAGGAUGUUUGGGCAGGGCAGGAUGGAGUGGAGUUGUUCAUUCGGAGGUCCAAAACAGACCAACUAGGACAUGGGAGAACGAUUAGUAUUGGUGCUACUGGGGGAGGGUGGUGUCCAGUGCCGCUGGUAGGGCAAUAUUUGCAGUCAUGGCUGGAGGCGGCGGAGUCCUUUUUGCUUCACGCAAAUGGAUCAGUCGUAACACGGUCUCAGUUCUCCAGUGUUUGUAAGGCCGGGUUGCGAGCGUUGGGUGUGGAGGAUGAAGGUUACUCUGCACGCUCCUUUCGAAUUGGUGCAGCGAUGCAAGCGCGGCAAGUAGGGCUGUUUGCUGCAAUUCAGCGCAUGGGACGAUGGGAUUCCCACAGAUUUCAGUUGUACAAUUGUCCUCAACUGUUGUAGGGCUUUGGUGGAUUAUGCUGUGUUGUCUUCUCUCUACAGGUUCCCCCUGGUAUGUUUGGAUCAUCAGUCACUCCUUUAUUUAUUGGGCGGCUAGGUGUGCAGAGCAGAGACCGUACAGCCAGAAUCUAGGGCUCCCGCAUGAGCAGGUUAGGGUACGAUGGGUUGGCACCAUGUGUAUCUGGUGUACGUCACGCUCCAUCGCUUCGUGACCGGGCCAGUGGUUCUGGUGAUUCAUGCCUGGGGGAAUGACUUGGGACAGGCCGUGCAGUAGAUUUAACUUAUGCGUGCAAGCACGAUUUGGGUCGGUGUAUGGCGCUGUUCAGUGAUGUCACGCUGAUGUGGUUCGAAGUCAUUCCUCGUCUGGCUUGGGGGGCGCUGCCACAUUCCAAGGCGGUGGAGCACGGCAGACGGCUUGAAAUCGUCAACAUGAUGAUUUCACGUUUUGUGCGGAGGCUGGGUGGCGUUGUGGCUCAUCAUGUAGAGCUGGAAGGGAACAACUUAAACCUAAUGAAGACAGAUGGGGUCCACCUGAAUGAAAUUGGGUUGGAUAUUUUCAGUUUGGUUUUACAGUACGCCAUUGAACAGGUGCUGGCUUCGGGGGGAUGCAGUCCUCUCGAAGGAUAGGGGAGAGGCUGCGGUGGCGGUUUGUCUUUCGCCAGCAAAUGGAACUGAGAUCAUUGCCCAGACGGGCUUGGGGAGUCGCAGCCUGGUCUGGUUGAGGAUGGACUUCAGACUGAAGAGGCUUGGGAAGAAUAAAGUUAUGGUUAGCUGUCUGCUGGGAAAGUCCAGCAGCUGACAGUUGUUUAUGUUAUGCUGGCUUGCUAAUAAAAGCUGUGGCCGUUGCCCUUACCCACAAUUUGGUUGUCUGUGAAUUAUUGGGGGGAAGGGUAACGGAAGGAAAAAAAGGAAAGGGUCAGCAGUCAAGGCCAGCCCCCAGAGUGGAUAAGGAGGGGGGAGCAUAACUGCUGCCCGGAGAGGUUGGCAUGGCAACAAGGGAUACAGUGUUGGAGAUGCACCUGGACCGAGGAGAUUGGGAAAAGACUUACCAAACCCUGAGGGAACCUGGCAGUGCUGAGGGAGCACGCUGAGGGAACCUGGCAGUGCUGUUUCCCGCCCACCCUCCAUGUUAUUGUUGAAUGAGAUGUGUUUGGUGUUGUUUCUUUCUGUUUAUUUUGUCACAGCUGCGGUUUGUCCUUCGCCAGCAAGUGGAACUGAGAUCAUUGCACGGACGGGCUUGGGGAGUCGCAGCCUGGUCUGGUUGAGGACAGACAUCAGACUAAAGAGGCUCGGAAAGAAUAAAGUUAUGGUUAGCUGUCUGCUGGGAAAGUCCAGCAGCUGACAGUUGUUUAUGUUAUGCUGGCUUGCUAAUAAAAGCUGUAGCCGUUGCUCUUACCCACUAUUCGUUGUCUGUGAGUUAUUGGGGGGAGGGAACGGAAGGAAAAAAGCUAGAGAGUCAGCCGUCAAGGGGUAAAAACAGAUCGUUAAUGGCUUAAUCUCAUACGUCACAGUUGCUAUUUCAAAAUAAUAUAAGUAUAGGUGAUUUAUUUAUAGAUGAAGGUAGAAUAUCCUUACGAUUGUAAGCUCAAGGUCUAUCUAACAAAUCAAAAAGAGCUUCAGUGACAAGAUCUCAUCUCAAAGACAGGGCCAUCUUUAGCUUUUGUAUUUGUCUGUGUAUAUUGUACUCUUUAUUUUCCCCAAUUGUACAGUACUGCGGAAUAUGUUGUCGCUUUAUAAAUACCAGUAAAUAAUAAAUAUAUAUUCCAGGACCUUCCAAAGUAUGAAUGCUCCAAUUUACUUAUUUCUGUGUGCAUGUUUGUAUUUAUUCCCAGAAACUUGCUUUUCACCCACACACAUGCUUGCUUAUUUGCAAUGGGAGUUAGAUUACCGUUUACUAAACAUAGCUGCGCUGCUAAUCACAUGAACUGGGAGCAGAGUCCAAUAUAAGCUAAAUAUGGCACAAACAUGAGUCGUUUUUUAGUACACAGUGAAUGGUUGGAGGUGCCAUGGGGAGAUGGAGAUUUAGGUAUAUUGUGAUGUUUAAUCCUUGUAUUGGAUUGAAUGGAACAUUGAUUUGUUUACACUACAGAGAGAGUUGCAGCACUGGGACUCACGUUACUAUACCCUAGAAGACUUGGAGCAAGCUGUUUUCUAAAUAUAGAUUCUAUUUGGAGAUUAUCAACUACAACCAUCCUGCAACCUGUUACUUGCUCUAGUACUAUUACUUUUUUUUUAUUUACUAUGAACAUUUCAUCUUGUCUACUUUAAUUAAUUGUGUGACUACUGAUAUUCUACACUUCUGAUUUGUUUUUUAAUGAUCAUCUUAAUUGAAAAUUAUGCUGUAUGUAAGUAUUAGGCACAUGUUUGAAAACAAGCAAAAUAUUCUGUUUGUACAGUAUAAACCUUACUGUGAUAUAUAUUAAUGUAAGAGUAAAGCUAUAUAUAUAUCUGUAUCUUUAUUCUUACAUUCAUGUUUUGUGUCAUGCACAGAAUUUUUCCCUAUUCCAGAAAUUGUGGAGAAAUAUAAAAUAAACAGAUUGCACAUUUUAGGCAAAAAUAAAAAAGCUAUAAAGUGCCAUUAUUUUGGCCUAAAACUUCUUUGGCAGUUCUCUACAUUCCUCUGUGUAGUGAACUAACCCUAACCUUUGUGUUUGUUUUUUUGCCAUUCUUUGAUUGAAUAGGUCCUUUGUGCCAUGAAUAUGUUCGUCUCUUUAACCCCUUAAGGACCAAACUUCUGGAAUAAUGUCACAUGUCACACAUGUCAUGUGUCCUUAAGGGGUUAAAAGACUGCUAAAACGCUGUGAACGUGUAAUUUAUCUGUUGUGAUAAGUGUGAAAGACCCUGUCUCUCUGGCAGAUAAUUUCAGAUUCCAUAGAUGAUGAACGGGAAAGUGUUUGGAAUGCCGCAGGUGUUAUCUUGGAUAUUGAUUCAGGUUUGUUGUAUUUCUGUAUUAUUACUUUAAACCUUACAAUCCCAUCAAUGUCAAAUGAGGACUAUAUCUCUAUUGCGAUGUGAUAUUUUGUGUCAAAAAAUGCAUUCAUGUGAACUCUUUCAAUAUAUUACAUGUUCGUUUUGACUUAUUCUUUUUCAAAUGUACCUUUAGUGUUUAUGUGCCAUUUCUUUAUAAAGCUUACAGUUAAACUCAUGCAUUAUGAUGCUAACAAAGGUGUUCAGUUUUUACAAUGCCUACUGCAGCCAACGUGGGGGCUGCAGUAGGCAGUGUCCCUUGAAGCAGGUAAUUAAAGGUAAAAUAACCAAUAAAUUCACAAAAUUACUGGGAAUUUUCUAGCAUGACCUACUCAUUUAGGGUAGUAUUCACUAAACUCUGAUUUGUAGUGACCUAAAACUGAUAUUGUAUAAUUUGGGCAAAAACAGUUGAUGCCGAGAAAAUUAUUCAACUCUAACACCAUAGUCACAGGUUGCAUAUUUAGGGUUGAUAAAAAAUAUGGUUUAUGCACUCCAACGAUAUAACAUUUAAAGUGGAUACUUUACAAAAAGUACUUUAUUAAUGGAACACAUUAUAGGAUCAGGAACACAAACAUGUAUUCCUGACCCUAUAGUGUUUAAUCCACCGUUUAGGUGGCUUGCCACCCCUGAGUCCCCUUAGAAAAGGUGAAAACUUACCUUAUUUCCAGCGCCACUUGGGUCCGCCGACGCUAGCCCCGCCCCGCCUCUUUGGUGACAUCAUCAGAAUUGCCAUAGGGAAAGCAUUGGAUUGGCUGAUAUUAGCAAGGAGGAGGGAUGGGGGUGGGGCCAAACUGUUUUAGCCAAUCAGCACCUCCUGAAUCAACGCAUCUCUAUAAGGAUUCAGCGUCCCCAUGCAGAGUGUGGAGACGCUGAACGGCAGUGCUGCCUACUGUAAAGUACUGCCCCAGGAAGCAAAUCAAGUGGCUAUCUGAGGUGUGGCCACUUGGAGGUGUCCCUAGGGGGCAAUGUAAACACUGUCUUUUCUCUGCAAUGAUUAUAAUCACCAGGACAACUACAUUAAGCUGUAGUUGUUCUGGUGACUAUAGUGUCCCUUUAAGCAAAGUAAUAUUAAAAUUACAAGAAAAAAUAAGCUUCUCAAAAAUCACAAAAUCGGCAUACAAGUUUUUGUAGAUAACGUACUUCAUCGUUGGAGUCCUAAACCAUAUUUUUUCAUGAAGAACUGAAUCAUAAAUAAGGGGAAUUAAUUUUUUUUUCUUCAUUUGUCUGGAACACACUGUUGAGUGAGUGUGCCUUGUUUAGAAUUUAUUGUUCAUUUAAUAGUCUGCUCUACGUAUUGGGGAAGCGCCAUACUGCGUGUAUUUUUCUUUUACAUGUUACAAUUUUUCUAAAACUGUUUGUUUGUGGAGGACUUGUAUACAAUACUUGUAUACAUUGUUUCUUGUCCAUAUUAUUUCAACUAAAGAAUUCUAAUUUAUUUUUCAUGCAUGAUGUCUUUUGAGAUAUAUAAAUAUGAAAUUCAGAUCAUUUACAACUAGAAAUUGACAUGACCUUACAUAGUUGUCUAGGUUGAAAAAAGGCUAAAUACCAUCAAGUUCAACUCUGAAAUCCAUUCUUUUAUGAUGCCGAUCCAAAAGAAGACAAAAAAACCCAGUUGUAGCCAUUUUCAGUUAUUCUACAAAAACAGAAAAAUAAUACUUCUUGACUCUAUAAUGGCAAUCCGAUUUCUCCUCGGAUCUAUAACCUGUUUACAUAAACUGCAUAUCAAUUGUUUCCUUGAAUAUUCUGUUUAUGCAAAAAAAAGCAUCCUUUCGGUACCAUAACAACUAUUUUUAUGUCAUCCUUCUGUCUUUAUGCUUUAAAACUUAAAUACAUUUUUAGCAGCUAAAUUGUCUAUAACAUUUAAGGAUCCUUCAAAUUCCUUUUUUACUGUCACUUAACCGUCAGACGUUUCACAGAUAGAUUCCAUAGCUUAUGGAAAAGCUCAGUACAGGACUCAUUUACAAUUCACAUACGCUCUUGCUAAACUGUGUUUGCAGAUUUUAAAGGGGCACUCUAAUCACCAUAAUCUCACCAGCGCACCAUGGGGAUUAUAACACAUGGUAAUAUUUUUUUUUUUUUCUACAGAACCAUAAAGUGUGUUAAUGCUUUGUGUAUUGUAGGAUCUUGGGCGGACCGAUCGCCUCUGCAUGAAGCAGCUAGCCAGGGUCGUCUGCUUGCCUUGAAAACAUUGCUUUCACAGGUAGGUUGAAGAGAAUACUGCACUUCCUAAUGGAAGUUGUCCAGAACAAAUCUGAAAUGAAGAUGUUUUGUACAGUGAAAAAAUAUUACUUAUUUCCCUUUGCGAGCACUCACCCACACACACAAAAUAUAUAACAAUGAACUAUGUAUUUUGGGAAAAUUGUGCUACUUAGGGGUUAAGGAAACUUGAUGGUAAACUACUUGAUUGAAGUUCGAGUGGUUCGUGAAUGUCUCCAAAACUUUCAAAAGUAAUUAUUUUCCUUUAAUGCAUGGUUCACUGUUCUUUAUAUUAUGUGUAUAAAGAUGAUAUUUUGUUACGUUUAGUGCUAUAGGGUAACAGUACAUACGCUGUUUUAUUGACACCCAGACUUUACCAGCAUCUUUGCCCAUACUUACCUGUGUAUUUCUGGCAAAAUGUUGCUGAUUCUUUCAAUUUCACUAGUUAAACACCUUGGGCCUAUUUUCCAGAGCCCUUUCUUGUUUCUUGCACCAAAAGCACUUUUAUCCCUUUACCGAUUUGAUUUGUUGCUGUUUACCUUGAUUUUGUAUUUUGAAUAUUCUGACAACUAGGUUUUCUGCCACACAAACUGUCCUAUUUGAUAGGAAACUGAUCAUUAAAGUAGGUUUAGGUAGUUGUGAUAUAGCGUUAGAACUAAAAGGUAGAAUGUUAGGGUAGUAGGGAUGAUGGUAGUGUAAGUAAGUAUUAGGGUGGUUCAUGGGUUAAACGACACAUAAGAUAUGUGUAUAGUCCGUAAUAGUAGCUGAAGUUUGGACAUUGUGGCUAUACUUCUUCGAUAAAACCUCUAGUUCAGAGCUACCAUUACUAUUUUUUGUUUGCACAUUGAGAAUGCAGAUUCUCAUUUAUUCAUAUUGCCAGUUAAAGAAGCACUCCAAGCACCAUAACAACAACAACCUGUAGUAGUCAAGCCAAUUGCUAACAGUUUGACUUUUUACCUGCGCUCCACUUGACGUCGCUACCAACUUCCAUGGACAAUGCUCAGACCUCAUAUAUAGUGAAAAGUCAAAACGGUGCAAAACAGCUUGAAUAAUUACAAUGUGUGUGGGGGCAGGAGAGGCAUAGCACCAUAACCACUACGGUGUGUUGUAAGUGUUAUGGUAUGUGUAGUGUUCCUUUAUAGGCAAACUGUAAGCACCAAAACUACUUCAUCUUAAUUGGUUAUUCUUCAUGCUUUCACAGAUAUUGUUAAAGUAUGCAUGUAUGAGUGCCUUGUGUGUGCAGGGUCUCAUGCCUUAUAAUUUUUUACUUUCUUUGCUUUUAAGGAAGUAUUCAUAAACAAUAACUUACUUAGAAAAAAACAGUGAAAAAAUGAUUUCCAAUAUUUAAAGUUUUUACAUACGUUACAUAAAUAUUUACAUAAUGUGGCAUCAUGGAAAUAAUAAAACUAAACCUAUGUAUAAACAUUUUUUUUUGACUGCAAUUUCUUGUAACGGGGAUCUGUGAGUUCUUUGAAAGUAACACCACUAAGUAUAACAUUGAAAAUUACUUGUAUGAUUUUAUUGUCACAUGAUGCUCCAUUUUCGUUUACAAUUAGAAAAGACAUCACAAUCCAGCUUACCUUUAAUUAGAUUACUUAAACCAUAAUUGCUAAACAAACAUUUAUAUUUGUAGAACAUUGACAUAUUUAAGUUGGAGUAUUCUGACACAUUAAUUUAUAUAUUUUAUCGCCAACCACUUCUAAAUCUGCUGGUUAUAUAUUAAAAAUAUUAUAUUUAAUGUUUUUCAUUUUUCACGUUUCAUUUGUCAGGAAUUUCAGACCUUGCUCUAUCCCUUACAUAAAAUCUCAGAUUUGUAUUCUGCUAUUGAGUAUACUUUCCCACAUGUAGAGCUUUGCCAUGUUAUUGGGUCAAAUAACAUACAUGCCAACUACAGUUUUCAAAUUUCCAAUUUUUACUGAUUAACGUAUGGAUCCAUGUUCCUUUUGGGACAACAUAGUAGCUCCGAACAGCAUUCUAUUCCCUUCAUAGCAUAUGUAUCGGACCUCAGGUAACUCGACUAGUUACCUCUGCUAGUUCUCAUCUCAGCCAGACUGGAACUUUGUGUGAUUAUAGCUCAGCUUCCCCCAGUAACUAGAUGAGACAUAGUUCUGGGAGUCAUCUGGUGUAUUCCGGCCAAAUAUACAGAAGUUAUACGCAGACCCUCAGCAUGGGGUCUCCAUCCAAAGUCAUAAACUCUUACCAGGCGUUUACCAAGACCGGUAACUCAAUUAUCUCUCAGUUACAGGGAGCCAAACAGAAAAUACAGAAAAUCACUCAAAACACUCCCAAUUUAUAAAGGAACCUUACAUGUUUUGUAUUCCCGGAUAGCCCGGAUCUGAACGCCCAAGUUGUCCAAAUAGUGCAUAGAUGGUGGAAGGAAAUUGCCACCAGGGUAAAGUUCUGACCAGCCGACCACGAGGUUGUAGCCCAAUAUCAUUCCAUAGAGAAGGUGGCCGUGGCCAGUCAAGUUCGGGAGUUCCUGUGCGAACACCAACAAAUGCUCCACUGGCUUCUAGAGUAUAUUUCCAAUUUAUUUUAAAUGCAACAGAGGUUUAUUCUGUAAAAAAAAUUAAUUGUGGAAAAUUAAUCCAAACAUACCACAGAUGGGGCAACCUUAUGGGUGUUGUUAGUCCUAAUUAUCUGCUGACAUUGCGUGGACAGUUUACAUGUAAAUACAUGUUAAAAACCAUGAAGUGCUAAUUAAAAUUCGACUAAAAUCAAUUGUCUCCCACAACUAGGGUUACAAUGUGAACACACUGACUAUUGAUCAUGUAACUCCAUUGCAUGAAGCUUGCCUGGGAGAUCAUGUUGGAUGCGCAAGAAUUCUACUGGAAGCUGGAGCAAAUGUAAGCCAUAGGACUUAAUUAAGCUCAGAUCACAUUAAUAUAUAUUUAAAAAUUCUGACAUGCACAUCACAUCCAAUUUUAAGUUUAACUAUUUGUUUUUUUGUGUUAGGUAUAUUAGCUAUUAAUGUAAGACAUAUCUGUAUGCCCUUACAUGCUUUGUUCACUAGCAAAAUGUACCAUUUAAUUUUGUAUGAAGAAAGAAAAAAAACUUUGUUUUGUAAUCGUGAUAGAGUUAUUAAUUAAUAAAGUGAGAAUUGCCGGGAAUCCAAAAUGUAUUUAAAGUGACUCAAAUUUAUGGCCAAAAUGAAAACAGAAUUGACAUGGAGAUGUUUUUCAAAUCUGGCUAUUGUGGGCUAAAUUUUGAAAUCUAGCCCAAAUUCCUGGCAGUUCUCACUUUACUGAAUAACCCUGCUAACAUAUUGGAGAAUAUUAAACCAAUCUAAUAAUUGAUGCAUAAUUUGGCUUUAAAUGGUUAUAUGUUUAUGUUAAACGGUUUCAUUUUACUGCUUCUUGGACAUGUUUACAGGAACAAAAAUCCCAGCCUAAACUAAUUUCCAGGAACAGUUUGAAAGUUCAACGUAUUUUAACAUGUUGCUAUUGUGUUUCAGGUACUAGAAGCCAGUAGAAUAUUACCUAAUGCAGCUGUAUAGUUGCAGGCAAGGCUAUGUGCAUCUUUGAUUGUCUGAGAAGAAUGUGAUUUCUUUUUUUUUCUGGAAAAUGAUUCCAGGUUUCUUAGCAUUGGUAAAAAUGUAAUCAUGAUCAGAAUAAAUUCAGGAGGCACAGGUUUUUUUUUUUUCCUGUGAGCUACACACUGACUAGCAUAUUUCCUAAUGCGAAUAUAAAUGUAUUUAAAGUGGUAAAUGGCAAAUGGGGAAUACUUAUAUUAUAUGACCCACAUUUAUUGUUCUUUUACCUUUCAGUUGACACUCAUGAGCCCCAUUAAAAUGUAAUUGGUGUCUGGGAGGAGAAAUCAUAUAGUUCGAUGACUAGCUUAGUAACUAUUUAAAUAAUAUUCAGAACUGAGUGAACACAGUUUCUCAUCUUGGUUUGCUAUUUAGUUAUUUCAUAAUGUUUGCGGUUAUGUAUAAAAAUUGGUGUGCUCAAUUUAGGCUAAUUUUCUUCUGAUUUUCCUGUUCCAUUUUGGUUCUAUCUUAGUUCACAAUUAUAUUGUACACAAUGUAUUUAAAAAAAAAAAUACUAAUAUUACUACUUUGUCUUACUUUGUGAAGUACUUUGUAAUCUAUGGUAACAAUCAGGAAAAAAGCACCUAAAAAGAGGAAUAAAACGUGGAAAAAGAAAUUAUUUACAGAAAAAGCAGAAAAAAUGCCACCAGUGUAAAAAGGUGGAGUUACAAUUUAUUACGAGGAAGUGGCACAUGCUCACAAAACUGGUGCAAACACGAAAGCACAUGCAACAGUUUUUAUACAUAACAAUUCUAGAGCAAGUAAAUACUCUAGAGCAGGGUUCUCCAAACUCUGGUCCUCCAUGUAUUGCAGAACUACAACUCUCAUGAUUCUCUGCCUAAAUAUGGCAUUCAAAGAAUCAUGGGAGUUGUAGUUCAGCAAUAUCUGGAGGACCAGAGUUUGGAUAACCCUGCUCUAGAGAAUAAUUAAGAUGGAUGAGAACUUCCUCGAAAAAAUCAAAAAUGUAAAAAAUGUUUUAAAAGGAAAUGUCGCACAAUGUCUUAUAAUUUAGUAGAUUCAUUUGAAAACACUUUACUUCAUGUCUACUCUUAGACAUAUUGUGAUAUGUUUUAGGUGAAUUCUACAACCAUUGACGGAGUGACCCCUUUAUUUAAUGCUUGCUCAAGAGGCAGCGCUAGUUGUGUGGAACUUCUCUUGGAGUAUGGCGCAAAGGCCCACUGGGAAUCUUGUCUUCCUUCACCCACUCAUGAAGCCUCAAGCAAAGGUAACAAGUACACAGAGCUCACACAAAGCCAUAUGUAGUUUGUCACUAAGGGCUUUAAUGCCACAUGUAUAGAACAACUGCAGUAGGAAACAUCUGGCUUUGCAGCUGUUCUUAAAUGAAAACAUCUUGCUAUUCUGAAAGCUCAUAGCUCUCUGAGAAUAAUCAUUGUUAAAGGGACUUAUUCACUACAUGGUGAUAUAAUAUCAAAGUGUAAGUAAAGUAGAGAUAUAAAAAAUUUUCUCCCAGCUUGGCUAUUUGGCUUAGAUCUUGUUACAUGGCUGUGAAUAGGCUAAAACUCAUUGUUUAGCAGAAACUCCAUAGUGCAAAAAUAUAAGUAGUUUGGAAAAAUAGUAAGUGUUAGGAAACAGAACUGGCGAUGACUUGGAAAUAACAUAAAUUAAUACGAGAUGGAAAGAAGAAAUAAUGUAUAUUGAAGAAAAACAUAUAUAUUGGUGUGUGUAUAUAUAUUAUUAUUGUUUUUACAGUUCAGACAUAUGGCAGGCGAUUCACCAAUCCCAUGCUUAUGUAUGAGAAGCAUUGAGUCCACUCUUUUUUUUUUUUUUUUUACAUACCCAGUGUCCAUCAUCAGCAUACCAUAGAUUCAGUUAUUGAAGAUAUAUUAUAUGCACAAGAAGUAUAUACAUUUUUUAAUAUUUGUUUAUAGUAUAUAUUGUUCUUAAAGACACAGUGCACCUUAUUUUCUUUUUUACAUUUUAGUGAGUGUUUUGUUUGGGCUUGCACACUGUGUGAGGUGCAACGCCCCUUACCAAUAAGUUUACUUACUUUUACUAUUAAGUAAGUUUACUUACCUUACUUUAUUUCUAUUUUAGCGCCAUUAUUGCUUGAGUUUUUUGUAUACAGUUAUUGAAGCUAUUUUAGUCUGAAGCCCCUAGUACAAGCAUGUCAAACUCAAAGUGUGGCACGGGCCACAUAAACAAGGUUCAAGUUUAUGUGGGCCGCACACACACGCACUCACUGACAGACACACACACAUACUGACAGACAGACACACACAUACUCACUGACAGACACACACACACACACACAUACUCACUGACAGACACUCACACACAGACACACACAGACACAGACAGACACACAUACAGUCACACUGACACACACUCACUGACAGACACACACAGACACACACAGAUACUCACUGACAGACACGCACACACUGACACUCACUGACAGAUACACACACACUGACAGAUAAACACACACUCACUGACAGACACUCACUGACAGACAGACACAAAUACAGUCACACUGACACACACACACACACACACAUACAGACACACACACACAUACUUGCUGACAGACACACACAGACACACACACACACUUGCUGACAGCAUUUUUUCCCACUCCCUAUAUUUUGGCCUUCUCAAUGCUUAAACAUUCCCUGGUUGUGAAUAAAUCCCAUAAUGCCAAAGAGACUUAUUUAAUAAACACCAAAAUGUAAUGAAUUGAAAACUGAGUAGCACAAUUUACAGAAAACGCGCUGAUUUAGAACAAUUGUUCAACUCAGAUAUCGUCACAACUUGGUUAUUGUACGCUGAGGUUUGCAAUUUGGUUAUCUUGAUAAAUAAAAUUUACUGUUUACUGAAUAAACUCCAGUGUUUUCGAAGAAAAAUUAUCAGUUUAGUAGUUUUAAUCUUUAUGAAAUUCUGACCAGUUAAUGGCACUUUCAAACAGAACUAGUUGGUCAUCAGUUCCAGAAUAUUGCCAUGUUAUUUUCAACACACUAGAUUUCAUACCUCCCAAAUUUUAAAAUUGACAAAAAGGUACACUUUAUCUCUAGGCGUGUUAGAGGAGGUGUGGUCAGGGGCAGGUGUGUUUUGAGAAAUUAUAGGUGAAUUACUAAUAGCAAUUUACACUGAUCAUCGACAAUAUUAAAACCACCUGUAUAAUAUUGUGUAGGUCCCCCUCUCGCUGCCAAAAUAGCUUUGAUACAUCGAGGAAUGGUCUCCACAAGACCUCUGAGCAUAUCCUGUGGUAUCUUGCGCCAAGACAUUAGCAGAUAAUUUAUCUGCAAGUUAAGUUGCAAGGUGGGGCCUCCAUUGAUCGCCUUUACACACCCCUCAGAUUGUCAAUCGGAUUGAGAUCCUGGUAAUUUGGAGUCCAAGGCAACACCUUAAACUCUUUGUUUCCUCAAACCAUUCCUGAACAAUUUGUGCAGUGUAGCAGGGUAUAUUAUCUUGCAUAAAGAAAAGAGGCCAUUAUCAGGGAACACCAUUGACACCAUUGAAGGGGUAUACGUGGUCUGCAACAAUCUCUAGGUAGGCGGUACAUGCCAAAGUAAUGCCUUCUUCCCAUAUGCAUCUUACUUCCAUUUCUUUCCCAGGUAAACGACGCACACUCACCCUGCCAUUCACUUGAUCUAAAGGAAAAUUUGUUUCCUCAGACCAGGCAACCUUAUUCCAUUGUUCCAUGUCCAGUUCUGAUGCUCACGUCUCCAUUGAAGGAGCUUUCGGCUGUGGACAAGGGUCAUCACGGGCACUCUGAAUGCUUUGCAGCAACGCAGCCCCAUAUUCAGGUGUUUUGACACCUUUUUAUCAUGGCAAAGACACAACAGAAAAAUAUCCUAAAAUAUUUAAUACGUUUAAAAAUUGACUACUUGCAGCCAUACGUACAAUUAUAGUUCUAUAAGACAAGUACUAAUCUCUUAAGACUAGUUAAAAAUAUGAGUUUAAUAAACAAAAUAGCUUAUCCUAAAUAAAAGAAAUUAUAGAAAUAGUCCUUAAAAUAUCACAUCUAUAAAUGUAACUGUAACGUCCAAUCAUUCCCCCUCUGUAAUAUUCCUAACCAGUCAGUAGGACCCCUAGACCCUUAGUUGCAAAAUGAAUCACUCUUAUGUCAUGAAUAGAUUUUAACAUUUUUUAAAAAGGGGAGAAAUAAAUGUGCAAUACCUAAAAUUCUCAGCUAGAGGUCACUGCUCCUGCUGAAUUUAUUGAUCAGGGGCUACAUUUAAACAUAUAGCAGAGAGGAAAGAUGAAAGAAACAGAUCAAUUUAGGCUCUUCCCUACGAUAACCUUAAAAGGACACUCCAGGCACCCAGACCACUUCUGCCCAUUGGUAGUGCCAACUCCCACUACCCUUAACCCAGCAAGUGUAAUUAUUGCAGUUUUCAUAAACUGCAAUAUUUACCUUACAGGGUUAACUCCUCCCCUAGUGGCUGUCUACUAGACAGCCACUAGAGGGCACUUCCGUGUUUAAAGCUAGAGGGCACUUCUGUGUUUAAAGCACAUGAAACCUGUGCUAUAACGUCGCUGGACGUCCUCACACUAUGUGAGGACCUCCAGCAUCGCUGAAAUCCCUAUAGGAUAGCAUUGAAAGCAUUUUUCAAUGCUUUCCUAUAGGGAGGUCUAAUGCGCGUGCGGUUUGUGGUUUUCAUGAGCUGUAAGCCAUAAUCAUCGCACUUAUGACAAAUCACAGCUUGAACUAUCUUGCUUUGCAUGUAAUGCGUCUAUCUCAUAUAUUAGUAUCCCCUUUUACGUUGCAUUACUGAAAUAAAUUAACUUUUGCAUGAUAUUCUAAUUUUUCAAGUUUCACCUGUAGUUAACAAAGAACAUUUUACACAGGCACAUUUCUAAACACAUUAAUUGUAAGACACAUUACUGUGAGUAUUAUUGCUGUGGAGCUCUGUUAUACACUCAAACACAACAACAACAUGUAGGGACAUUAGAAUAAAAGCGGGACAAAGGAAUUUGGCCCCCAAAAAGGAACACUUUGGAAGUUAUACAAUACAUUUGUUAAACUCACUUGUAAGUUCAGUAUGAGUAUGUCGCAUCAUUAUAAUAUCCUUUACUUUUUCCAUCGGUUUAUUCACUAAACAUUAAAGUUGUGAUGAAUUGAAAACCAAAUUGUAAAAUUCAGGCCAAAAUAGCAGAACUGACAAAAAUCUCCAGUUCAACUGUUGUUUUGUUUAUUUUUUUUCUAACUUGGCUAUUUUAGCCUAAUUUGUGCAGUGUUUUAUAAUGAAUUGUUUAGUGGAAAAUGCCUUUGCAUUUUCUUUAUUAAUAUAAUGUCUGUUUAUUUGUAGGUCACAGUGAGUGUCUGGAUAUAUUGAUCUCUUGGGAUAUAGAUGUGGACCAAGACAUUCCUCAUUUAGGAACUCCUCUAUAUGUUGCGUGUAAAGGCCAGCAUAUUACAUGUGUGAAAAAGCUCUUGUAUGCAGGUUAGUGUUGUAACCGCAGCCGGUUCCCCUAUUUACCCAUAUAACGUCUUAAAGCAUAGAACUUAGCAGGGCUAACCAUCCAGUUAUCUUAGCCAUAAUAUUAUAUAGUCAGUAAUAGAUCCUCUAUUUAAAAUAUAUAAAUAAUUGAGAAUACAAUAUAAAAUAAGGAUGGUCUUGGAAGCAAUAAAGUUUGUCUUUUAGAUAUUUUAUUAAAUAAAAAUGAUAAAUAAAGUAAUUUAAAAUUCAGCGGAAAGGGGGCCCUGAGGGUGUGGGGGACCUAAUGACCCUAUAGUGCACCAUGUAUAAGAAGGAAGGGAUCGCCACCUUGAUCCCCCAGGUUUCCCAGAUAUAGUCGGGACAAGUGGCAAAAUUAUCUGGGACCUAAUCAUGCCGUUACUAAACAAGGGAUAUCACCCAUAUAUCGAUAAUUUUUACAACAGUAUCCCACUUCUAAAAAUGCUAUACUGCUUUGAGACCAUGGUCUGUGGCACUAUUCGGAAGAGUUGCACAGGUUUCGCAAAGGCUCUAGCAGAAAAAAAAAAGGGGGGGGGGAGGGGGGGGAAACAGCAGCACUAAAGUACCACAAUAAAAAGGUGUUCAUCCUAACCACCAUCCAUUGUGAACGCACUUGCAAGGUUGCAGUUCGUGGCAGAGGGGAAAUUAAACGGAUGCCAGUCUACAUAAAACAUUACAAUCGGCAUAUGGGGGGAGUUGACCUGUCCGAUCAACUGAUGCAGCCAUAUUUGAUCAUGUGAAAGACCAGGUCAUGGUACAAAAAAGUGUGCAUAUAUAUAAUGCAGACGGCAAUCCACAAUGCCUUUGUAAUUUUAAAAGGCCAUAUGCUGAGCUGAAAUGCACAUUCCUUUCAUUUCAGUUUCAGCUAAUUUCUGGGCUGCUUUAAUGCAAUAGAGGGAGACCAUCAGUGGAGCCUAGCAGAAGAAUGGAGGCAGGUCACAUCUGCUUCAGGAUUCCAUCAACCCCCAAAAAUAUAACCCCCUAGAAAAAGUGCAGGGUGUGUUAUAAAAGGGGCGUAAGAGCUGAGACCAGUUAUUACUGCCCUGAUUGCCCCUCUCAGCCUGGCCCAUGUAUUGGCCACUGUUUAAAAAAUUUGCCACAACAAGGCCGAAUAAGUAGACCGGUUUUGGGGUGUGAUUUUAGUCAUCUGUCUGAUUGUUUGGUUACCGAAUCUUGGCUUUGUCUCCCGUUUAUCCUGUCUCCUCUGAUCCUUGACCUCCGGCUUGUCCUAUCGUUGUUCCGUUUCUCUUUACUCCUUUGACCUCGGCUUGUAAGUUGACUAUUCUCUGCUUGUAUAGCCUGGCCAUUCUAAGGAUCGGUAUUACAAGUUUCUUUCUCUGUGUUCUCUCUCUUUGUGAUCUGUCUGUGUGUUUUGGUUCUGAUGUAGCUGAACACAAAAUAAAGUUUUGUACAGGAAUAGCACACACCAACUUUACGAAAUACACACGAGAAGAUCUUUAUUAUAAGUUUGUGUGUCAAAAAAAACAAAACAACACAAUUUUACUCCAAUAAAUUGGAGAUUGGCAGUGAAAUGGCUAUGUAAAAAGUGUAAAAAUAACCUUAGAUAUAUAGCCUGUGAUGUCUACAUUAUAUAAAUAUAUACUUCUGUGUGGCAAUUUUGUUUUCUUUUAUGGCUAUUAAAGGACCACUAUAGGCACCCAGACCACUUCAGCUCAAUGAAGUGGUCUGGGUGCCAGAUCCCUCUAGUUUUAACCCUGCAGCUGAAAACAUAGUUUCAGCGACACUGCUAUGUUUCACUGAGUGUUAAUCCAGCCUCUAGUGGCUGUCUCACUGACAGCCACUAGAGGCUGUUCCACAAUUCUCACUGGGAAAAUCACAGUGAGAAGAUGCUGUGCGUCCAUAGGAAAGCAUUGGAUCUGAUGUCGGCAGGGGGUGGAGAGUUCCCCAGCACAGAGGCAGCCCGACGCUGGAGAAAGGUAAGUGGCUGAAGGGGUUUAACCCCUUCAACCCAGCGGGAAGGAGGCCCUGAGGGUGUGGGACCUAAUGACCCUAUAGUGCUAGGAAAACAAGUUUGUUUUCCUGGCACUAUAGUGCUCCUUUAAGCUUACAAGAAAAACAUACCAAAUUCUAAAAUCGCUCCACAUUAAAAGUUUAUUUUACUCCUUGUGUUUUGUGACCUGUAACUAGCAAAAAAAAAAACUUAAAAUCCUAAACACAUUAUAUAUUCUGUAAAUCAGAACAACUUAAUUAAUUUAUUUUUAAUUACUUUCCUUAACUUGCACUAAUUAUGCACACAUUAUUAUUGCAAAAACAAAACAAUUUUUCCUUUUUUUUUGCAUUUAUUUAUAACAAAUAAGCAUUUAUAUAUGUAUAUGCUACAUCAAAUUAAAGCCCUUUUUGUCCUUAAUUGCUUGUGUCCUUAAGUGCAAGACAAGCUUUUGAAGCUGUGUCCUUAAGGGGUUAAAGUACACUUAGAUGUUCAUUAGGACCUCCCUUACAAGGCCAUAACUAAAACGUAAGGGUGCACACGUCAUGGGAGAAAUUCCCUGACUUAGGACAAGAUGGUGUCUUAAAGUCUGAACAUCAAACCUACUGUUUAUUUGUCAUGACCUAGACAUCUUAUCUAUUGUUUAUUUGUCAUGAUGUAGACAUCUUAUCUAUUACGUGCGAUGGUGAGGUUCCUACCGCUUGUUAGAUUCGGGUAUGGCAUCUGGUACUUCCCAAACCAGAGUCUCUUCUAUCGGGCAGUAAUUAGGUAUAGGUAUAGCAGUGCUUCCCUGUACCCUUUCCUAAUCUUAUCUAUUGUUUAUACUAAAACAUGUGGAUGCACAUGUCAUGGGAAAUUCCACUAACUUAGGACAAAAUGGCGUAAGUUAGGAUGACAUAGCAUAGCCUUGAAGAUGUUAUGCAUUACUUGCUUUUGUAUUAAGUUAAGACAAAUUGGCGUAAACAUAUUAUGCACUAAAGUAGGUAAAAGGUUAUUGCUUAAAGAAACAUGUAUGAAAAACAAUAUGUUCCAUUAAUAACACCUUGUCAGUUUGCAAUAUCUCUUAAAGACAAAGUACACAGUUUAAAACUUGAAAUAUUUGCAUUUGCCCAUAAUAGUGUAAUGCAGUAUAUUGCAGUGUAUAUCAUUAUGUUUAUUAUGCUGAUCUGUUAAGUGAAUGCUUUCAUACCUCAACACAUAUGAGCCUGUGGAAUUGGGAUAGGGUGGGUCCCUGAGAGAGCUAGACACAGACCCCUAGAAAAUGGUUGGGUUUGCCAGGGUCAUGCAGGGAGAACUGCUGAUCCUGCACAAAGUGAGUGCAUCUAAUAUUGCAAAUUGCUGCCCAGAGCAGAUCCCUGGUGUUCCCCGAAAAUGAACACCAGUGAACUAAAGCUGGAAUGUGAUAUUUAUACAUUUGGGAGGCAUGAGCUUUUGUACUUUGUACCAUUUUUAAGUAACAAGCCAAUAUUUUUCUAGUACAUAUAUGGGUCCUAUUAUCUAUAAACAAAAUUGUAGUAGAAUGCAAUAUUUUAACCAAAAUAAUGGCUUGGGGAAAAAAACUAACUAUAAUUUAGUUGCAGUUCUUAUUUUAGUAUAACGUCUCCAUUUUGGUUUUUAAUUUACUACAAUGUAUUACUUCUUAUUAUUUAUGUUUAUAUACCUCCAGUAGAUUCCACAAUGUCAUACAAUAUGUCAGGGUUACAAGAUGAUAUUUAAUAUAAAUUGCUGUUUACUGUAAGAUUACCACAAUAUACACACAGCUACUCACUGGUACAGAAGGAUUGAGGGCCCUGCUUUUGUGGGAUUGUAAUCUAGUAUCUCUGGUGUUUAGUGAAUUAAUCUAUUUAGCUGUAAUGUAAGUAUCACUGCUCACUUUGAAUGUUUGUCACUAUUCCAAAUCUAAUAAUAAUAAUAUGAAUAUGAAUAAUGCUGAUAAUAUAUUGUCUCCAAGGUGCUAAUGUUCAGCGUGGAAGACAUUUGGAUACUCCCUUACAUGCUGCUGCCCAGCAAUCUAGUAUAGAUAUUGUGAGCCUAUUGUUGGACUUUGGAGCUGAUAUCAACGCCAAAAACGUAGACUUCAAGCGUCCAGUUGAUGUUGCUGCUGCAAAAAGUUUAGUGGAAAGACACUUGGUCUCAUAUGAAGGUAAGUGUUCGCUGUCUUUACUGCUUGUACAACAAAAAAAAUGAAAAGCACUGACUUUAUAUACAAAACAUGAUUACAAGCCGUAAAGCGUUGAGUAGAAGGAACAUAUAGACAUUUGUACUGAUACUAAAUGUAGUAAUGGUAGCAUUACUCAGAGCAUGUAUUAUUUAAUAGUGGUGCUGCUGAAAUGACCUCACUGUAUGCAAAAUAAUAAAUACACAUAUGUAUAAUAAGUAUACAAGCUUGAGUCACCGCACACACUGCUGUUUUGUAUGUUUCAUGGAUGCUUACAAACACCUACCGAAAGUGGAAAAUAUAAGGAUUUAUAUAGUAUAGACAGAAUAGAUUACACAAGGUACUGUUGCAGGAAAUUACUGUAUUUUAUUAUGACAGGGAAUCCCAUAAUAUAAAACCGUUUGGCCGAGAAAGGUCUUAGUCAAUUUAUGCUCAUAUUAUAUUAUUAUAUUAAAGGGACUCUUUAGUCACCCAAACUACUUUAUUAUUACGCAAUUUUUGUGUCAGCACGUGAGAGUCCAUAUGACCCCCAUUUAACUAUAUGAAGGUCUAAUAUCUCAUACCGCACCUGUUGUGUGGGCAUAUCUGCUAAAUGGUGUGCAGCAAUGGGCACUGCCUGGGUUACAAAUAGAAAAAUGUAUCAACUCAUUGUAACUAGUUUCCACUUUACCCCAAUACCCACACCUGUGGGGAUUUCCAGAGGCUACAUUUUAACAGUGAGAGGUGUCCACCCCCCCCGCCUUCACCCAUGGGACUCUAUAAUAAUACAUGGAGGGGGCAUGCCCGUUCCAUCCUCUUGCCUCCACCCAUGUGGGCUGUAAUAUACACAGAGGGCAAGGGCUGUCCCCCCCUCAGUUCUCACCCAUUGGGGCUGUAAUAUACAUAAUGGGGGUUGGUCAUGCAAGUAGUCUAUACCACAAAUAUUUCCUCCCCAAGUGGCUAGGAGUUCCCAGUGCAUUAGCCACUCAUCCAAUAUAAUUAAGCUGUCCUACCUAUACACACACACACACACACACACACACCCUAAUAAUAGUGAGGGGAGGCCUAGGCAACUGAAAAUAUGUAAAAUAUAAUUUACAGUCUGCAGUCAUAUUUCUUCUGUAAUAUUUAUUUUUUGUCCCACCAAAGACCAAAAGAAAAUCUAGAAUAUCUCACUUUUUAGAAUACAAAAUAAAAAUAUUACCAGAGCACAAAAACAUGAUAAAAUAAAAGCCUGAUGCAUAAAAGUAGCAGGGGAGUGUCCAAAAAACCAAAACAUAUAUUGCAGUGUUUGUGUGCUCACAAUAUUUCUGUGUGUGUUUGGAUCUUGCAGUGUGUGUGUGUCAGUGUAUCUGUGCAUAUGUGUCCACCAGUGUGUAUUUGUGUGUCUAGAAAUAUUUAUCUGUGUGAGUUUGUAUGGGAUGGCAACGUGCUUAAGGUCACACUCGUUUUCCUGGCACUAUAGUGCCCUGAGGGUGCCCCCACCCUCAGGGUCCCCCUCCCGCCGGGCUCUAGGUGAGGAAGGGGUUAAACUUACCUCUUUCUCCAGCGCCGGGCGGGGAGCUCUCCUCCUCUUCGGCUGAAUGCGUAUACGCGGCAGGAUCCGCUCGCGCAUUCAGCCAGUCCAUAGGAAAGCAUUCACAAUGCUUUCCUAUGGACGCUGGCGUCUUCUCACUGUGAAAAUCACAGUGAGAAGCACGGAAGCACUUUAGUGGCUGUCAAUGAGACAGCCACUAGAGGCUGGAUUAACCCAUUUAUAAAUGUUUCUAUGUUUAUAGAAAAAAGGGUUAACCCUAGCUGGACCUGGCACCCAGACCACUUCAUUAAGCUGAAGUGGUCUGGGUGCCUAUAGUGGUCCUUUAAUAAAUAGAGAUGAAAUAAGGUGCCGUAUAUAAAUAGUAUAAUUGAAAAUUGUUCCAUACUUACCGUAAUUUUCUUUUCCUGAUAAUUAUUCAUGGCAGCAUUUACUCAUGGGUUAGCUCCUCCCCUUACAGCAGAAAGGACAGGAAACAGAACUCUGAAACUGGUAUAAAUAGAUCAUCCCCCUACCCAUCAGGCAGUCUUUGUAACUAGCUUCACAACUCCUAUAGUAUAUGGGUGGGAACGUAAUGCUGCCAUGAAUAAUUAUCAGGAAAAGAAAAUUACGGUAAGUAUGGAACAAUUUUCAAUUUUCCUGACCAUUAUUCAUGGCAGCAUUUACUCAUGGGGAAUACCCAAGCAAUAUAUAUAUAGGGAGGGACAGAGUUCAAAAACAGCUAAUAGCUAUAAAACCAUUAUUGAGCUGUAUAAAUCUUAGAAGACUUUACAAAGCCAAACAAGAAUAAAUAUUAAAUUGUCAUAAAAUCUAGCUCAGACAAGAUAAUUUUCCCUAGAGGCUGCAAGGUCAGCAACCUCCUGGCAUUCAAUAUCUGAAAUAUCCUGAAUAAAUAUAGAAUUAAAUAUAGAAUUAAGGCCACGAUAGCAUAAGCUAGAGAAGGAAAAUGUCAUUCUGGUAUAAAAAUUUAAAACCAAAUUGAUAUCAAUAAAUCAGAACCUUGACGAAGGCAUAACUUCCAGAGAUCAUACUGGAACAAGCAGAUAAUGUUGGAUGAGAACGAACACACCAUGCUAUUAAACACGGGGAGAAUUACACUGAGAAUCCUACUACUUACUGGAUGUAUUUAUUAAAUCAGAUUCACACUGCUUCCUCUUGCCUUGUGAACUACUUACCUGAAGAUACAGGAACAAAUCAAUAUCUGUCUGUCAGAGGCAGAGCCUAGUAGAGAAAUAAGGGUUAUUAAAACACUGCAACAUUGACCCAAUGUUGUAAAAUUCAGAUUCACAACAAUACCUCACACAGUGGAUGAAUUGAUACAGCAACGGUCAGUCACAGGAGAGGAAUAAACUAAUCACAUUACUAGGCAAAGGCAAGAAGAAUCAUAUACAGAUUAGUUGAGGGAAAGAAAAGAAAUAUCGGUAUGAAACAUAGAAUUUGUGGCAACUACUAAAUUAUAAGGAGGCCAACCACGUCAGAACCUACAUUCAAAGAUAAACAUAUUGUAAAUAGUACAGAUUAUGCCAAACAGUAUAAUCAAAUUUAUUAGAGACUGUUGUGCAACAUAAGUAAGAGAUAUAUAAUAGGCAAGAUACUGAUGGGAAGGUGGUAACCAGAGGCACAUUAUACAUUGUGGCAACAGACACAUAAUAAGCAGGAUAGUAUUCAGUUAUCCUUAUGAGAACAGCAACCGCAUACUUACUCUUACCUUAUCUUCAGAUAGUGAUGAAGUACUUAUGGCAGAGCCUAUGGUGAUAAUAAACAGCUUGUUAUAUCUGCAAGAUAUCAACACAAAUCCAAACAUAUAAUCCACAAGUAUUAAAUCAAUGCAAUGUUAGGAGAGACCAUAACUUAUACCGAUCUAAGUACAGAGACCCUGUAAAACAUAUCAGUCAAAUGUUUGUCAUCAACAGGCUGUAUUACAUUACGCAGGAUGAAUCAAUCAUUUAAAGCCACACAUUGGUUGCAAAUUCCAGAUAUAAGGACACCUAGAAGAAUCCCCAUGAAUAUCAGAAGAGGUCCGUAAUGGAACUACCUGUUUAGGGAUUUCCUCUAUUGUUCAGGCAGCAGGAGAAUUUUACCUGAAAUAGUAAACCUGGUAGAAUGGUCUGGGGACUGGAAUGACCUAAAAUACUUGCAAUACACAGCAUCAAAGUUACCUGGAGCAUAUGAGCCUAAAAGAAUACCUUUAUUGCAGAAAGGAAAUUAUAACGUUCCCCUUCACAACAGGGGAAUCUGUCAGAAGUUUCUGAUCAUUAACUCCUUAAGAACUAAAAGCAUGCCACCCCUGACAUAUACUAAAGGUAUUGCCAAACUUUCAGGUAUCCAAGGGAUAAAAGAGAAUACUGAAUAUAAAUUUUAUGCUUUAAGGAAAUUAAUUCAGAUUUAAAGAAUAAAAGGUUAAGACCAGGAGAAAGAAAAAACAAUAUUAACAGCUUUUAAAUCAGGUAAUGGCUUCAGCGUUACCUACUUAUGAACUCAAUUAACCCCUUAAGACCGCAGGGCGUACUAUUACGUCCUCUAAUAGGCGGCUCUAAACGCCGCCGGGCGUAAUAGUACGCCCUCCGGUCUUUCUGUACUUACCCGGUCGCCGGCGGUCCCACGCCGGCGAUCGCGGUGGGGGGGACUCCCAGGGAGCCCCCCGCGGCACGACCGUCCUCCAGGAAGCCCCCCGGCCGUGUGAGAGUGGGGUCCUAGCGAGGACCCCACAAUCACAUGGCCGGGUAUAGCUGGCUUCUGUAUUGCCAGCAGGGGGGCUGCCUGUAAUUACAGGGGGUCCCCCUGCUGGCUGAAAAUAAAAGUAAAAUAAGUUAAAAGUGUAAAAAAAUAAAAUUAUAUAUACUUAGAUCAUAUAUAUAUAUUAUAUAUAUAUGAUCAAAGUAUAUAUAUACACAUAUACAUACACACAUGUACACCGUCUAGGUGUAUUUUACUAUUAAUAUAUAUAUAAUUAUAUAUAUAUAUUAAUAUCAAAUUACACGUAGACUGAUACUGAUUAAAUAUAUAUAUAAUUAUUGUUAUAUAUAUAUUUAUAUAUAUUAUAAAAAAAAUUAAAAUGUAAAUACGUUAAAAAAUAAAAUUACAAAAAUAAUUAAAAAUAAAUAAUUAAAAAAUAUAUAGAUGUGUGUUAUUUCGUUCUAACUGUAUUGUGAAAUUAAUAUAUAUAUAUAUAUAUCAAAAUACACAUAGAACGAAAUAAUAUAUAUAUUUAUACACAUAAAUAUAUACGUAUAUAUCACUAUAUAUAUACCUAUAUAUAAAUAAAAAUAUUUUAAAAAAAAUUAUAUAGAUAUAUACAUAUAUAUACACAUACGUAUAUAUAUACAUAUAUUGAUUCUACAUAUAUAUUUAUGUAAUAUUUUUACAUAAUUAGGUAUCUUAAUUAAUUACAAUUAGCAGGACCUGCAUGACAACCCAUGCCGAAAGUAAAGGGAAUUUAAUUUGCUAGCACUAUAUUUAACCCUAUAACUUUCCGAGACACCAUAAAACCUGUACAUGGGGGGUACUGUUCUACUCGGGAGACUUCGCUGAACACAAAUAUUAGUGUUUCAAAACAGUAAAAUGUAUUACAACGAUGAUAUCGCCAGUAAAAGUGACGUUUUUUGCAUUUUUCACGCACAAACAGCAUUAAACGGACAAUAUUAUUGCUAUGAUACUUUUUACUGUUUUGAAACACAAAUAUUUGUGUUCAGCGAAGUCUCCCGAGUACAACAGUACCCCUCAUGUACAGGUUUUAUGGUGUUUUCAAAAGUUACAGCGUCAAAUAUAAGGCUUGCGUUUCAUUUUUUCACAUUAAAAUUCGCCAGAUUGGUUACGUUGCCUUUGAGACCCUAUGGUAGCCCAAGAAUGAAAAUUACCCCUAUGAUGGCAUACCAUUUGCAAUAGUAGACAACCCAAGGUAUUGCAAACAGGGUAUGUCCAGUCUUUUUUAGUAGCCACUUAGUCACAAACACUGGCCAAAAUUGGCGUUUUUUGCAUUUUUCACACACAAACAAAUACUAACGCUAACUUUGGCCAGUGUUUGUGACCAAAUGGCUACUAAAAAAGACUGGACAUACCCCAUUUGCAAUACCUUGGGUUGUCUACUAUUGCAAAUGGUAUGCCAUUAUGGGUGUAAAUUUCAUUCCUGGGCUACUAUACAGUCCCAAAGGCAACGUAACCAAUCUGGCGAAUUUCAAUUUCAAAUGUAACGUGCUAUAUUUGACCCUGUAACUUCCCAAAACGCCAUAAAACCUGUACAUAGGGGGUACUGUCUUACACGUGAGACUUUACUGAAUACAAAUAUGUGUAUUUUAUUGCAGUAAAAGCAAACAGUAUUAUGACACUGACCGUUAAAAUGUCAUGUAGAACUAAAAAAAUUUAAAAAAAUCGUAUUUUCUCCCAUUUUUUUCAUAUUAAAUUAUGUUUCAUAGCUAAAUAUUUGAUAUUAAAUGAAAGCCCUGUUUCCCCUGAAUAAAAUGAUAUAUAAUAAGGGUGGGUGCAUUUACUAUGAAAGAGGUGUAUUACGGUUGGACAGACAUGUAGCGCAAAUGCCAGGUUUUGUUUACAUUUUGUUUUGUUCACAACGUGUACAUUUGGCUCCGUCCUUAAGGGGUUAAUAGCCCAAUUUGUGCUCCUGCAACCAGUAUGAUCUAAUAAUCUAAUAAUAAUCAGCAUUUAUCUAAAGGUAAAACACUGCCACCAAUUGAAAAAACAUUCCCUAUCUCGAGCAGAGGGGAGAGGAUGCCUGGCAAUAGAAAAACUUUUGUAGAUGGGUCUCAUGUAUAAAUGGAUACACACAAAAAGAACAAACAAUUAUGUUAAACAUUACCAUGCUUCAUUUUGGAAAAACAGGUCUCCUUCUCACCUGGGAGAGGCACUCAGACAGGUUCAGUAACACCUGCAAUCUAUCUGAAGUGGUAAAAUGUGUUAAUUGCUUAUCCUGAAACACCUGUGGGAGAGUCUAAUACAAAGCCAAAAGCAGUAUGUUUCCUUAUCUACUUCAUUUUAAAAACUGAAAUAGAAAAUCCACAGUAGGCAAUAAUUACUUACCCAGUGCAACAGUGCAUUUGUAUUUGCUAGAAUUGGGCAGUGCUACAUUUCAGCGCAAAACAGACUUUAGAUAAUUUGUAUAUAUUAAAUCUACCAAUGCUGUGUAUAAAUUGGGGUCAUAUAAUACUACCAACCUGUAUACAGAUUAUAUGAAUCAGAUACAUUGUGGAUGUUUCUAACAGCACCUUAUACACAGAUAUAUCAGUUACAUAUACUGAGUCUGUUUAAACAGUAAUCAUACCUAGUCUACAUCUGCUAUAUACAUUGACACCAUACCUGUACACAUCUUAAGAUUAUAUGAGUGAGAUAAAAUGAGGCUGUGUUUUAACAGAACUUCAUGCACAUAAUAUACCACUCACCUAUACUGAGGUUGUGACUCACAACCCACACAUAGAACCCGUAUUAGAUUGGACUCAUAUAGCGGAUGUACUUAUAUCAUUAACAAAUAUUGUGCUUCCACUAAUAUAUCAAUCAUAUAGAGAACAGAUACACUGAAGCAAUGUCUCCACACCAUCUUACCUAUAGAGCAUGUAGAGGGCAUAUACUGAGGCUGUGUUUUCACAGCGACUCAGAGCAUAUAAAGAACACACACUGAGGCAGAGUCUCCAGCUCAACUCAUACAUAGACAAUAUAGUGGAUAUAUAUACUGAGGCAGUGUCCUCAUAGUAACUCAUACACAGAGCAUAUAGUGGAUACAUAUACCGAGGCAGAGUCCUCAUUGUAACUCAUACAUAGAGCAUAUAGUGGAUACAUAUACUGAGGCAGAGUCCUCCUUGUAACACAUACAUACAGCAUAUAGUGGGUACAUAUACUAAGGCUGUGUCCUCAUAGCAACUCAUACACAGAGCAUAUAGUGGAUACAUAUACCGAGGCAGAGUCCUCAUUGUAACUCAUACAUACAGCAUAUGGUGGGUACAUAUACUGAGGCUGUGUCCUCACAGUAACUCAUACAUACAACAUAUAGUGGAUAUAUAUACAUGCUGAGGCUGUGCCCUCACAGUAACUCUUACAUACAGCAUAUAGUGGAUAUAUAUAUACACAUGCUGAGGCUGUGUCCUCACAGUAACUCUUACAUAGAGCAUAUAUAUACUGAGGCCGAGUCCUCAUAGUAAUUUAUACCAAGAGUAUAUAGUGGGAACAUAUACUGAGGCCGAGUCCUCAUAGUAACUCCUACAUAGAGCAUAUAGUGCAUAUACAUACACAUACAUAUAUACACACACACACACACACAUAUGCAUACAUACUGAGGCUGUGUCCUCAUAGUAACUUAUACAUAGAGUAUAUAGUGGAUACUUAUACUGAGGCCAUGUCCUCAUAGUAACUCAUACCUAGAGCAUAUACUGGACACACACUGAGACUUCAUACCAAUUCAUACAUUAGAGCAUAUAGUGGAAACAUACCAAUGCUGUAUCACCACCAAAUCAUGUACAGAUACUGAGGCCCAGUGGUCUCCUGUGCAGUAUAUUUCUCCACUGACUGCAAAGCCUGCUUAUUUGUGAUAAUGCACAGAUAACAGCAAUCAAUGCCACAUACCUUGAUAGAAACAAGUGUGUGUGUGGACUUUAGGUUUUUAAAACCUGUCAUAUACAUGUGUGUACCUUAAUCAGACACCCAAGAAGGUUCUUACCUUGGAUAUUUCUCUGUCUUCGGGCUGUGGAAUUCCAGCAGACUUUAUAUAGCCAGGAUAUCCAUUAUUAGCACUCUUUUUCAUAGUGUCUCAUUGCAUUAUCAGCACUCCUUUGCACAAUGCCUCCUUGCAUUAUCAGCACUCUUUUUGCAUUAUCAGCACUACUAUGCCCAAUGCAUACUUGUAGUAUUAGCACUCUUUUGCACCAAACAUCCUUAUAAACUUACCUAAAUGUUCACCACACAAAUCUCCUAAAUGUGACCUAUUUUUUAGAAGGAAGCCUAAUGUAAGCAGCUGGGAGGGACUGAAAGAACAGAGACCCAGGUGCCUAUACUAGUUUUAAUCUAAAUUACUAAUGCACUUACCUGAACCGUUGCAGGCCUGUGUUUCAGCGGCAAAAUGGGGAUUUGAACAACUGACAGCCUAAACUGUUUAAACUAUAGGCUUCCAUCUGUACCCCAUAUGCCAUCAUCAUCACCAUGCAAGGUGGAAUACAUAGAGUAGGUAUACCCCGGUAGUCACAACUCUGUUGGGCCUCAUGUAUGCAAUGUACCGCUGUCAUCCCCUCAGGAAGAGAGAUAGGUUAGACUCCUGAUUGCUGAAGGAGGUACCCAGGCUGGCAACUCUUACACAUGUGCUGUAUGCUGGGUCUUCAGGGAUAAGGGCUUAGACUCAACUGGGCCUCAUGUAUGCAGUGAACCGCUGUCAUCACUUCCGAGAGAGAUAGGACAGACCCCUGGUUGCUGAAGUAGGAACCCAGGCUGACAACUCUUACCGAUAUGCUGUUUGCUGGGUCUUCAGGGAUAAGAGGCUGCACCCUGGCCUGGCUUCAUGUAGGCAUUAUAUCACAUACAUCCCCUGAGGGGGUACCCAAGCUGGCCUGUUGCUGGGUCUUCAGGGAUAAGAAGCUGAACCCUGGCAUGCAGUGGACCAUUUUCAUCCCUUUCAUGGGAGAGUUUGGGUCCGACCCCCGGUCACUAAAGGGGGUACCCAGGCCAGCCACUUAAUCUAGUGCGUUUUUGCUGGGUCUUCAGGGCUUAGAGGCUGAACCCUGGCACGGCCUAAAAAAUAUUGCCCGGUGAGCAUAAAAUAAAAAAUCUAGGCCUGCUUAAGCAGACUCCUUCCAAACUGCUGUGAAGGACAGGAAAAAAAGACUGCCUGAUGGGUAGGGGGAGGAUCUAUUUAUACCAGUUUCAGAGUUCUGUUUCCUGUCCUUUCUGCUGUAAGGAGAGGAGCUAACCCAUGAGUAAAUGCUGCCAUGAAUAAUGGUCAGGAAAAAGCAUUUAAAAUGGGACUUGGCAAGACGGCAAAAUAAAUGCAAGUGAUGGGGAAGGCUGUCUGGGGUGACAAAAAGCCUGUAUAAUGAUGAUAUGAUCGAAAGAACAGGGAAAGCAAUGCUGAUUAACACAGAGAUUUGAAGGUCAGUGGUUCAGUAGAGCAAAAUGUAGUGUCAGGGUUUAGGUGCCAUACUGCUACAUACAUCCCAUUCCCCGAUUCAGGCGUAUGCAAAGUGCUAGAAAUUUGUAUUAUUUAUUAAAUGUUUUACCAAGUAGGAUACUCUGUGUUAUGUACUCGGAUCUCUCUUUCUCUUAUUGAUCUAAAGUUUCCAUUGAGUAUAGAUAUUCUCUUAUUUAACAUAGUGCUUUGCAUUGCAGAAAUGAUUGCCUACUGGGUGCUAGUUUUUUUUACUGUUGGUGUAACACUGAAAAGAUAUUCUUCACUUUUCUCAUUUUGCCAUGUUUGCCUAAGAUUGUGUUCUGGCGGCAAGCCCCUCUUUGUUUGGAAAAGGUACAUUCCCUAGGCCUAUGACAAGUGGGCUCAUAUUCCCCUGUUCACACACAGGGAAAUAAAUGUUCCAGUUUUUGUGGAUUGAGAUAGUGGUCUCUUCAUCAUUAUUUUCCUUUGGUUUAGUGGUUGAGUAUAUACACAAGAGGUGGGCCUCGGAAAAUGUAUUUCAUCUUUUGUCCUUGUGUAAUGUAUGUUGUAAUUAUUCUGCAACAUUUUGUAAAAUGUCCAGAUAUGUAAUGUAAGUUACCACAAGUGGAACUCUGGAAUUUUGCCAUUUGUUUAUAUUUCAUAUGUGUUCCCCUGGUAUUGGUGGUUCUAUGUAUUCAAUUUUUGAUCUUCUUGGCUGGUAGCCCUGCUUUCAACAUUCCAUUGUGAGCCAAUGGAACUGUUAGUUUUUGUUUGUUAUGUCAGAACAGAUGUUUGUAUACAAUGGUUUGGUUAUAUAAGAUUGUUUGUUUGAUGUUCUGUCCUGACAACAAUUGACUGUAAAGAAUACAUGUCUGUGGAUAUGUGAAACAGUAUGUAAUGCCUGUAUGGUUUUGUCUUUGAUUAAUAUAACAGUAUUUAAAAAAAAUAACCGUGUUAGAAUACUUUAGGAUAAGAUUAAUAGUUAGGUUAAACUUGUUUAAUUUUAAUAUAGAAAAAGGUUAAAUUUUUCUAAUAGUAGUACAGCUGUUUUGCAGAUGUAUGCCUUCCUCAAACAUGGAAUAAGCUUGUGUUAUUAAGAUAUAUAAAAGUCUCUCUUGGUUACAUAUUUGUAGGGGAGUUUUGUAUGUAAAGAUUCAACAUUGCAUCUUACUAGGAUGAUGGCCUACCAUAGUGGCUAUUGACGAUUGGGUGGGAGGCUUUGAUAGGUAAAUUUAGAAAAAUAUUCACUUAGAAAAAUCUUCUGGGCCACUAUCACUAGCCAUUACUGGUGCACUAUCUUUUUUGGACAUAGAGCAACAAACAUAUUUAGUAAGUUUAUGUUGUACAGGAGCUACCCAACUAGAUUCAAACAUAUGAAGUGAGGCAACCUGAUAAAUGCAUUUAAAGGCUAUUGGGAUUUUCUGGCUUGCCUUUUAGUGUUCACUAUUCUUUAAUAUUGGGUACGAAAGGCAGACAGAAUACAGUAAUUAAAUCUUUUUGGAGAGACAGGAGGGGAAAAUGCUAACAAAGCUCUUUGCUAAAAAAAAGAAAUAAAAAAAAAAGGUUCUGACUGGUUGGUUUUUGUUUAGCAAUGUUGAUCAUAGCAAUACAAAAAGAAUAUACUUAUACUCACAGCUUGCUGAAUAUCUUGCCAGGAUUUCAGGUCUCCAUAGAUACUCUGCUGUUAUAGGACUGGCCCUCUUGGACUUUUCCAAAUAAACAUUUAUAUUCUGUUCCAUAUAAAGAUUUUUCCUCAGGAUAGUUAAAUACGUAAAUGCCAUGUUACUAUAUUUAUAACCAAAGUAAUUUGAAGAAAUCGCGAUUACCACCUCCAUGUGUGCAGUCCUCACCUCCUACCAAACCAUUGCACAUGCGUUAUCAAGGUUUCCACAUAAUGUUCUUGGGUAGAAAUGGCACAUUCAUGUCUUGGUCUGCCUAGUAUUAAUGGAAGUUGCACUUAUGAGUGGCAGCUGCCACCAUUUUACUUUAGAAUGUUCAUCAUUUGAGUAAAUGAUGACACCUGAAAUUGCUGAUGUUAUCGCACUAAUCUAUGGCAGCAGAGGGCCAUUUUUGCUAAAGAUCUCCUAUUAACCCAUACGAUUCGAUUCCAAUGCUGAGAUCCCUCUAUGAUGGAUUUGGAUCCUCAUCCCGCAAAAUUGGCGAUGGAAAGGACCUAAUGUGUAUACUCCGCGAGCACGCAUUAGGGCUUCCCAUUAAAUCAAUGCUUUUCUAUGGGGUUUUUGAAGAUGUUGGGCAUCCUCAUGUAAAAAUAUGAGAAUAUCCAGGGCCAUUUCACAGAGUACAACUCAGUAAAAUACCAGGAAGCUCCUGUAGUAGGAGGAGUUACCCAUGCAAUUUAAUUAUUAUAUAUAUAAUAACCAUUGAAGGGUUAAGGGGACUAGGGCACUGUAUCCAGACCUCUUCAAUGAGCUGAUGUGGUCUAGGUGCCUAUAGUGUCCCUUUAACAUCUACAGUGCCCUUAAGCCCAACACUGUCUUUGGUCUUGUGAUUUAAUAUGCGGUCUCCUGAAACCCCAGAUGGCAUUAUUUUCUUAUAAAAUGCAUUGUUCACAGUUAUGUAUCCUGUUUAAUUUAAAUGUAGUAAUCUGAAAUAACCAAGAUUCAUUGUAUUUCUUACUGUUAAUAUUUGCACCUGCAAAAUUACAUGACUUAUGACUGUUUUUAAAUUUGUUUAGCCACUCCAUGCUCACUGUGCCAGUUAUGCAGAUUAUGCAUCCGGGACUGCCUAGGAAGAUCCAACUUUCAUCUUAUUCCACAACUCCAGCUGCCAACUGUACUGAAGGAUUUCUUACAGUAUCGAGAGUGUAUAAGAAACUUUUAAUGACUCAUAAUGAUCUAAAGUACCUUUAAGGGUUAACUAAAUUAUUAGAAAUCAUGGGCUCUAUUCAGUAAAUGGUUAAGUCUUCGGCUGUGCUAGCCAGCGAGUAUUACUUCAGCUGUUAUUAUAUAUUGAGCAACAUAAUUAUUCAGCAACCAAAUUAAAAAUGGUAAUAAAAAAUGCACAGCAGAUGUCAUGCACCAGGCCAUGGGUAGGCAACUUUUGCACUCCAGAUGCUGUGGACUACAGUAUACACUUGAGUAUAAGACUAGUUUUUCAGCACAUUUUUUGUGCUUAAAAACCCCCACUCGACUUAUACUCGAGUUACUGUCUGUAUUAUGGCAACUUAGAGAGCCGCGGCCGUCAGAGCCAUGGCAACGAUCAGCGCGGCAACCAGACCGCGAGACUUACAGUGGAGCUGACCGGAACGGAGGAGAAAGGAGCUGACAGGAGCUGCAGGAAAGGUAAGUAAAUGCUUCCUGCCGGCCCCCCACUUCACAGCCCAUGCCACUGGACCACCAGGGAUUAAGAUAGCCCCCCUCCCUGACCAGUUAAC